ACCUGUGGAUGUGCUUUGACAUCUAUUUUGUCCACUGUUGAGUCUACACGACCGAUCGUUGUUCCGGAAAAUGUCCGACGGCGGCGUGGGCGACGAUACCUCCGGCACCAUUGAGGUGUCAGCUGCCGUCCAAACGGUUGCUGAUGCCGCGGUGCUGCAGAAGCAUAUUCGUAAACUUGUCCCCCUGCUCCUGGAAGAUGGCGGCGAGGCUCCGACCUCCUUGGAAACCGCUCUAGAAGAGAAGAGCUCCAUAGAGCAGAUGAGAAAGUUUCUCUCAGACCCCCAAAUUCACACCAUUUUGGUCGAGAGACGCACUCUCAAAGGUUAGUCUGAUUCAAGUAGCUAGCUAACUAGUUGGCAAUAAAUAGCUUCUUCGCGGGCUAGCUAGCUAAUAGCUAACGUGCCUGUCAAAUGAAAUGCUGUUUACUGACAGUUUUACCAAAGACGGAACAGCAGGGUACCCCAACUGGCCAGCGGGUGGUUUUAUUUAUUAGCGUUCCUUUGAUAUAAAGUUGUUUUUGACAAAUGUCAGUUUGUUACUUUUUGAAUUAAUAACAUGUUAAGCUACUAAAGACAUUGGUUCGAAUCUAGGUUGUGCCUUUAGAGCUUGAGAAAAUUAACUAAGGAAUACUUUUUCACUUCUUUCAUUGACUUCUCAAACCCCGGCCUGGUCUGCUUCGCAAGCGUUCUUGGACACACAAGCUACAUUCCGUGCCAAAUUAUGAGUUUUAUCACAUUCAAAUUAGACUGGUUGACUGAAGUAGGGAAAUAUGUGUUCCAACAACGAGCUGCAGUUUCGGAAUAAUAAAAAAAAUAAAAUAAAAAAUUGGUCAUUUAGCAGACGCUCUUAUCCAGAGCGACUUACAGGAGCAAUUAGGGUUAAGUGCCUUGCUCAAGGGCACAUCGACAGAUUUUUCACCUAGUCGGCUUGGGGAUUAGAACCAGCGACCUUUCGGUUACUGGUCCAACGCUCUUAACCACUAAGCUACCUGCCGCCCUAUUAGUCCCUGUCUAAUUUCCGUUUAGGCUACUUUGCGUUUGUCACUAGUUAGCACAAACACAAAGUCAAAAUUGGCUAUAUCGUAAAAAUAUUGAAAGUUUUAGAGUUAAUUUCUGACAUGGGCUAAUUGUGACUAUCAGUGACUGACAUAAGAGAAACUGCUGAUGCACAACCACAUUUCGAAAUUGCACCUUGUAUAUUCUACUAUUCUAAAUUGCAACAGUAAAUUGAGACCCCAACUGAGUAAAAAAAAAUAUAUAUUUCCUAGGCUAUAACCCCCCCUAAACAUAGACAGGUUCCACACUGAAAAUAUGCAAAAACAUUUGUUUGAUAAAGACAGAGUAUUUAUCAGAAUAAUUAAGCUUAGGCCUACUCAUCAAAUGGAUAUCAUGGCCGUCAUCCUCAUGCAGUGUUCAAUGUGGAAUUGUUAAUCCAUUUAGACAAUUCCAAAGAACAGGCAGAAUAUACUAAAGCUGACAUUUCAAAAAGACAGAUUUAGUUUUGUAACCCUGAGAAAUGUAAACUUGCCAAAUUGAGCCCCAUUUUCAAAUGAUCACUCUGUGAGAAUAACUGUCCCAGACGUGAGAUGCACAUCACUUCGCACUAUUCUGUUAUAUUUUAUUCUGUUAUAUUACAUCAUGUUUUUUUACAAUAAAAUAAUGUCUUGACUGAUAAGGGAUCGGGAAAUAAGAGUGUCUUAGUCUGCUAAAUUAACAAAACAAGGCUAUUCCAUUGCACAGUCAUAGGCUUCUACAAGCAAGCGCCACUGCUGAGGUUACUACCUUUUUGAAUAUUGUCUUCCAUGAUAUAAUAUAACCACUCAAUAUUACGGUUUCAAUAAAUUAAUCUUAAAUGGCACUUGUUUUGUUAUUGUCUGUGUGUGUACAGUGCAUUCGGAAAGUAUUCAGACUCCUUGACUUUUUCCACAUUUUGUUACGUUACAGCCUUAUUCUAAAAUGGAUUAAAUAGUUUUUUUCCCCCUCAAUCUACACACUACCCCAUAAUAACAAAGCAAAAACAGGUUUUUAGAAGUGUUUGCAAAUUUAUGAGAAAGAUCAAAUGGAAAUAUCACAUUUACAUAAGUAUUCAGACCCUUUACUCAGUACUUGGUUGAAGCACAUUUGGCAGUGAUUACAGCCUGGAGUCUUCUUGGGUAUGACGCUACAAGCUUGGCACACCUGUAUUUGUGGAGUUUCUCCCAUUUCUUCUCUGCAGAUCCUCUCAAGCUCUGUCAGGUUGGAUGGGGAGCAUCGCUGCACAGCUAUUUUCAGGUCUCUCCAGAGAUGUUCGAUCAGGUUCAAGUCCGGGCUCUGGCUGGGCCACUCAAGGACAUUCAGAGACUUCUCCCGAAGCCACUCCUGCGUUGUUUUGGCUGUGUGCUUAGGGUCGUUGUCCUGUUGGAAGGUGAACCUUUGCCCCCAGUCUGAGGUCUAGAGCGCUCUGGAGCAGGUUUUCAUCAAGGAUCUCUCUGUACUUAGCUCCGUUCAUUUUCCCCUUGAUCCUGACUAGUCUCCCAUUCCCUGCAGCUGAAAAACAUCCCCACAGCAUGAUGCUGCCACCACCAUGCUUCACCAUAGGGAUGGUGCCAGGUUUCCUCCAGAUGUGACGCUUGGCAUUCAGGCCAAAGAGUUCAAUCUUGGUUUCAUCCAACCAUAGAAUCUUGUUUCUCAUGGUCUGAGAGUCCUUUAAGUGUCUUUUGGCAAACUCCAAGCGGGCUGUCGUGCCUUUUACAGAGGAGUGGCUUCCAUCUGGCCAAUCUACCAUAAAGGCCUGAUUUGAUGGAGUGCUGCAGAGAUUGUUUUCCUUCUGGAAGGUUCUCCCAUCUUCACAGAGGAACUGGUCACCUCCCUGACCAAGGCCCUUCUCCCCGGAUUGCUCAGUUUGGCCGGGCGGCCAGCGAUAGGAAGAGUCUUGGUGGUUUCAAACUUCUUCCAUUUAAGAGUGAUGAAGGCCACUGUGUUCUUGGGGACCUUCAAUGCUGCAGACAUUUUUUGGUACCCUUGCCCAGAUAUGUGCCUCGACACAGUCCUGUCUCGGAGCUCUACGGACAAUUCCUUCGACCUCAUGGCAUGGUUUUUGCUCUGACAUGCACUGUCAACUGUGGGACCUUUAUAUAGACAGGUGUGUGCCUUUUCAAAAUCAUGUCCAACCAAGUUGUAGAAACAUCUCAAGGAUGAUCAAUGGAAACAGGAUGCACCUGACCUCAAUUUCGAGUCUCGUAGCAAAGGGUCUGAAUACUUCUGUAAAGAAGGUAUUUAAGUUUUUUUUGUUUUUUUUAUACAUUUGCAAAAAUUGUCAACCUGUUUUCGCUUUGUCAUUAUGGGGUGUUGUGUGUAGAUUGAGGGGGAAAAAAAUGCAAUCCCAUUUAAGAAUAAGGCUGUAAAGUAACAAUGUGUAAAAAGUCAAGGUGUCUGAAUACUUUCCGAAUGCACUCUAUGGAGUCCAGAACACUUACUUCGGAAGCGUUGUUGAAGUCAUCGCCGGUGGAGUUGUUAAAUCUUUUGGCGGGCUGUUUGGCAGAGACCCCAGUGUCUUGGUUCUUGUGGCCAGCCUGAGUUGAGGAAUCCCCGCAAUCCAUGUCGCGGUUAGAAUAGUAGUGUUUGUCAUAAUGGGGUAUUGUGUGUAGAUUGAGAGAAUUAAAAGAUAAAUCCAUUUUAGAAUAAGGCUGUAACGUAACAAAAUGUGGAAACCGUGAAGGGGUCUGAAUACUCUCCUAAUGUGCACUGUAUAUGACAAACAUUACCCGUUGUCAUUUGAAUACAUUUAGAAUUGUAUUAUUGGAAUAUCUACAUCUUUGUGUCGCUAAAUCUUUUGCUUAAGGUAAUGUAGGUUCAAUGCAUACACCAUUUUUUUUGCUAAUGUGCUUUCACUGACUGGCAUUCUGUUUUAAAAUCAUCAGAGGAUGUUGGGGAUGAAGGAGAGGAAGAGAAGGAGUGCAUCUCUUACAACAUCAACAUUGACAUCCACUAUGGGCUCAAGUCUAACAGGUAAGAACUUUCGACUCCGUGAUAUAGGAAGUAAACGGCAGUAUCAGGCCGACUUCUGCAACAACAAGGAGCGAGAAGCUUAUCUUCUCCCCAGUUGUUGGAACGCUAUCAUGUUGUAGGAGAGACGCGUACCCGUGCACACGCGCAGAUACUGAGUGUCGUCAUGCGCUCUGCAAUAUCCUUGGUUCACCCUGCUGCUCGUCUUAUCGGAGUCUGUUUAAAGCCCUGAGUCAUCCUCGACUACAAAAUCACCAUGUGAUUUCCAUUUCAAGAUUGUGAUGGCAUAUGAUAUCCAUUUUGAGAUAGACCAGUGAUAGACUGUGUCUUUUCCCAGUUAGAUAGGUCUGCCCUGCUUGUUACCUUUUUCUGUGUAUCAAACUGUGAUGGAACAUAGUUCCCAACAUUUAAUAAUACUCCAUCAACUAGCCUAAAUCCCUGUUUAUUCAUACAAGGAUUAUUACAUUUUCCAACUUUGUUUUUCAGUCUGGCUUUCAUCAAGAGGACUGGAGUGAUUGACGCUGACAAGCCCAUAUCGACCCAGGUGCGCGUGUUGACUCUGAGCGAGGAUUCUCCCUACGAGACCCUGCACUCUUUUAUCAGCAAUGCCGUUGCUCCCUUCUUCAAGUCCUAUAUCCGGGAGUCUGGAAAGGCAGACAGGUAAUCCUGGAACUAAGUAGACUAACAUGAUAGUUUUGUAAAACUGUUCUAUGUUUUCAUAUUUUGUGCAUCUUGUUUAUAUCCAGAGGGUAAAUAACGCCUCCAUUUUGUUCUGGUCCAGGGAUGGUGACAAGAUGGCUCCCUCUGUGGAGAAGAAGAUUGCCGAGCUGGAGAUGGGUCUGCUCCACCUGCAGCAGAACAUCGAGAUCCCAGAGAUCAGCCUCAUCAUCCACCCCAUCAUCCUCAACAUCGCCAAGGCAAGCUACGGGCGCGGCGAGAAGCCCAAGGUCACCGACUUCGGCGACAAGGUGGAGGACCCCACCUUCCUCAACCAGCUGCAGUCGGGGGUCAACCGUUGGAUCCGGGAAAUCCAGAAGGUGAGGGUCAAAACGAUUACUUGUCUGAGAAAUUGGGUGCCAGGUAGUGUUUGGUAGUAGGCCAUACCCAAGCAAAACGUUUGCAACGAAAAACACAAUCAGUUAGUAUCUCCCCCGUCUCACUCCAUUUCUAAGCGUUUUCCAUCGACUGAACACAACUUUGGCUUUUUGGUUGCAUUUGGCAUCUCUUACUGUGGUUUUCGUGUCCACUCUGGCUAGUUUGAAUGGUUGGUUUGAAUACGUUCCUCUUCCUAUCAGGUGACCAAGCUGGACCGAGAUCCGGCCUCUGGGACGGCCCUGCAGGAGAUCAGCUUCUGGCUGAACCUGGAGCGCGCCCUGAACCGCAUCCAGGAGAAGAGGGAAAGCCCCGAGGUGCUGCUGACCCUGGACGUCCUAAAGCACGGCAAGCGGUUCCACGCCACCGUCAGUUUCGACACUGACACCGGUGAGUUCUGUUCCAUGGAACAAUCGCCAAACGUUUGUACCAGAUUUAAUUCCUCUUUAUGAAUCGGAACCCUUUUCUAUUUAAAAUAAAUAAAUAAAAGACCUGUAACUCAAUCCUUCAGUCAAUAUACAUUAUCUACUUUAUGAAUGUCAUCACUACUUUAGAACUUGCAAUUAUUUUAUUAGGCUUAAUGACUUUAAUAUGUUUCCCCCCCAUCUAUUUCCCAGGUCUGAAGCAGGCAGUGGAGACCGUGAAUGACUACAACCCCCUGAUGAAGGACUUCCCCCUGAACGAUCUGCUGUCGGCCACCGAGCUGGACAAGAUACGCCAGGCGCUGGUGGCCAUCUUCACCCAUCUGAGGAAGAUCCGUAACACCAAGUACCCCAUCCAGCGGGCCCUGCGGUUGGUGGAGGCCAUCUCCCGAGACCUCAGCUCCCAGGUCCUCAAAGUGCUGGGCACCAGGAAGCUCAUGCACGUAGCCUAUGAGGAGUUUGAGAAGGUGAGUCUACAAUGGUGGCUGCUACAAAUACUCCAUACAUUCCUGUACUCUCCUAUAUAAACUCAGCAAAAAAAGAAACGUCCCUUUUUCAGGACCCUGUCUUUCAAAGAUCAUUCAUAAAAAUCAAAAUAACUUCACAGAUCUUCAUUGUAAAGGGUUUAAACACUGUUUCCCAUGCUUGUUCAAUGAACAUGCACCUGUGGAACGGUCGGUAAGACACUAACAGCUUACAGACGGUAGGCAAUUAAGCUCACAGUUAUGAAAACUUAGGACACUAAAGAGGCCUUUCUACGGACUCUGAAAAACACCAAAAGAAAGAUGCCCAGGGUCCCUGCUCAUCUGCGUGAACGUGCCUUAGGCAUGCUGCAAGGAGGCAUGAGGACUGCAGAUGUGGCCAGGGCAAUAGAUUGCAACGUCCGUACUGUGAGACGCCUAAGACAGCGCUACAGGGAGACAGGACGGACAGCUGAUCGUCCUCGCAGUGGCAGACCACGUGUAACAACACCUGCACAGGAUUGGUACAUCCGAACAUCACACCUGCGGGACAGGUACAGGAUGGCAACAACAACUGGCCGAGUUACACCAGGAAUGCACAAUCCCUCCAUCAGUGCUCAGACUGUCCGCAAUAGGCUGAGAGAGGCUGGACUGAGGGCUUGUAGGCCUGUUGUAAGGCAGGUCCUCACCAGACAUCACUGGCAACAACGUCGCCUAUGGGCACAAACCCACCGUCGCUGGACCAGACAGGACUGGCAAAAAGUGCUCUUCACUGACGAGUCACGGCUUUGUCUCACCGGUGAUGGUCGGAUUCGCGUUUAUCAUCGAAGGAAUGAGCGUUACACCGAGGCCUGUACUCUGGAGCGGGAUCGAUUUGGAGGUGGAGGGUCUGUCAUGGUCUUGGGUGGUGUGUCACAGCAUCAUCGGACUGAGCUUGUUGUCAUUGCAGGCAAUCUCAACGCUGUGCGUUACAGGGAAGACAUCCUCCUCCCUCAUGUGGUACCCUUCCUGCAGGCUCAUCCUGACAUGAACCUCCAGCAUGACAAUGCCACCAGCCAUACUGCUCAUUCUGUGCAUGAUUUCCUGCAAGACAGAAAUGUCAGUGUUCUGCCAUGGCCAGCGGAGAGCUCGGAUCUCAGUCCCAUUUAGCACGUCUGGGACCUGUUGGAUUGGAGGGUGAGAGCUAGGUCCAUUCCCCCCAGAAAUGUUUGGGAACUUGCAGGUGCCUUGGUGGAAGAGUUGGGUAACAUCUCACAGCAAGAACUGGAAAAUCUGGUGCAGUCCAUGAGGAGGAGAUGCACUGCAGUACUUAAUGCAGCUGGUGGCCACACCAGAAACUGUUACUUUUGAUUUUGACCCCCCUUUUGUUUAGGGACACAUUAUUCAAUUUCUGUUAGUCACAUGUCUGUGGAACUUGUUCAGUUUAUGUCUGUUGUUGAAUCUUAUGUUCAUACAAAUAUUUACACGUUAAGUUGGUUGAAAAUAAACGCAGUUGACAGUGAGAGGACGUUUCAUUUUGAUGAGUUUAGUUAUACUGUUAAUGACUUGACUUAAUGAUAUCAGGUGACAUGAUUUAAUAACAUUUAGUUGACAUGACAUGAGUUAAAAAGUUGAUACUCAUUUUUAUCUCAUUGCAGGUGAUGGUGGCUUGCUUCGAGGUCUUUCAGACCUGGGAGGACGAGUAUGAGAAGCUGCAGGUCCUGCUGAGAGACAUUGUGAAGAGGAAGAGGGAGGAAAACCUGAAGAUGGUGUGGCGCCUGAGCCCAGCCCACCGCAAGCUCCAGGCCCGCCUGGACCACAUGAGGCGCUUCCGCCGGCAGCACGAGCAACUGAGGGCUGUCAUCGUUCGUGUACUCAGGCCUCAAGUAAGACACAGACAGAGAGAUUGGCCAAUGGCUAGAGCCCUCAAGCCUAUAUCUAGACUAAAAACCUCAUAGGUCAUUGCUGAAGGUUUUCUUUCUCUUCUUGCCUUGUUAAGGUGUCUGCUGUGCCCCAGCACGCCCCAGGCGAGGUGGUGGAGCCCACCGAGAUGAAGGUGGCGGAGGUGCUGUUCGACGCAGCAGACGCCAAUGCCAUCGAGGAGGUGAACUUGGCCUACGAGAACGUGAAGGAAGUGGACGGCCUGGAUGUGUCCAAGGAGGGCAUGGAGGCCUGGGAGGCAGCCAUGAAGCGCUAUGAUGAGCGCAUCGACCGCGUGGAGACUCGCAUCACCGCCCGCCUCCGCGACCAACUGGGCACGGCCAAGAACGCCAACGAGAUGUUCCGAAUCUUCUCGCGCUUCAAUGCCCUGUUCGUGCGCCCCCACAUCCGUGGCGCCAUCCGCGAGUACCAGACGCAGCUCAUCCAGCGCGUCAAGGACGACAUCGAAUCGCUGCACGACAAGUUCAAGGUGCAGUACCCGCAGAGCCAGUCGUGCAAGAUGAGCCACGUGCGCGACCUGCCUCCGGUGUCGGGCUCCAUCAUCUGGGCCAAGCAGAUCGACCGGCAGCUGACCGCCUACAUGAAGCGCGUGGAAGACGUGCUGGGCAAAGGCUGGGAGAACCACGUGGAGGGCCUCAAGCUGAAGCAGGACGGCGACAGCUUCCGCGCCAAGCUCAACACCCAGGAGAUCUUCGACGAUUGGGCGCGUAAGGUGCAGCAGCGCAACCUGGGCGUGUCGGGCCGCAUCUUCACCAUCGAGACCAGCCGGGCCCGCGGUCGCACAGGAAACAUGCUGAAGCUCAAGGUCAACUUCUUGCCCGAGAUCAUCACACUCUCUAAGGAGGUGCGCAACCUCAAGUGGCUGAGCUUCCGCGUGCCGCUGGCCAUUGUCAACAAGGCGCACCAGGCCAACCAGCUCUACCCGUUCGCCAUCUCCCUGAUCGAGAGCGUGCGCACGUACGAGCGCACCUGCGAGAAGGUGGAAGAGCGCAUCUCCAUCUCCCUGCUGGUGGCCGGCCUGAAGAAGGAGGUGCAGGCCCAGGUCACCGAGGGCAUCGCCCUGGUCUGGGAGUCCUACAAACUGGACCCCUACGUCCAGCGCCUGGCCGAGACGGUCUUCAAUUUCCAGGAAAAGGUCAGUGUUUUAGAACCAUAAGGUGGGAUCUCACCUCACCUUAAAAUUUGAAUUGUAUGCCUGCAGUUGACAUCAAUGCAAGACCUCUGCGAAAGUCUGAGUUGCGCGAGCAGAUCUAAUGUUCGCAUUCCCCCCUAAAUGUAUAUGAUUCGUGUCUGAGUGUCGUGACCCCUUUAUUUUCAAGGUGGACGACCUUCUGCUCAUCGAGGAGAAGAUCGACCUGGAAGUGCGCUCUCUCGAGACCUGCAUGUACGAACAAAAGACCUUCACAGAGAUCCUCAACCGUGUGCAGAAGGCCGUGGACGACCUCAACCUGCACUCCUACUCCAACCUGCCCAUCUGGGUCAACAAGCUGGACAUUGAGGUCUGUACAAAACCCUUACAACCCUCAGCACCCUAAUAUGUACCUCCAGUUUUGUGUGUGUUGUUUUCUGAAGGUACUGUUACCCAGUGUCUUGCUGGUCAAUGUCCCUCUAACUGGGGACCCGAGAUGAUUUUGUUCCUAUGUAAACCGGCACAGUCCACUAUUUACAAGUUGGAACUAUUUUUCAUGGUCCUUCGAGCAGGAUAGUUGGAUAAUCUGGAAUAUGACCAGUAGGGGCCAGAAAUACCAGCACCUUUAACAUUCCUGCUGGUCCCUUCUCUGGUGAAUAAGGUGGUUUAUUGAAUACGUUUUGUAUUAAUUAAAAUGUUUGCCUUUCCUUGUUUGUAGAUUGAGAGGAUCCUCGGGGUGCGUCUGCAGGCCGGGCUAAGGGCCUGGACCCAGGUUCUCCGGGGCCAGAUGGAGGACAAGGCUGACGUGGACAUGGACACCGAGGCCCCACAAGUCAGCCACAAGCCUGGCGGGGAGCCCAAGAUCAAGGUUAGGGUCCAAGACUGCAGUAGGAGGAUUCAUUGAUAAGGCACAAAUUGCAGUUUAGGAAACUUAUUUUGCUUCCUGUACUUCACAGAAUGUUGUGCACGAGCUGAGGAUCACCAACCAAGUGAUCUUCCUGAACCCGCCCAUCGAAGACUGCCGCUACAAGCUCUACCAGGAGAUGUUUGCCUGGAAGAUGGUCAUCCUCUCUCUUCCCAGGAUCCAGAGCCAGAGAUACCAGGUCUGGAGGCCCUGCAGAGCACUUUUAUAUGUUAAAUUCAAUGCUACCACCUAGCUAGCGUCUUUAGCAGGCUAGUAUUGAAUUCAAUGCUAUCACCAAGCAUACUGGAUACAAGUACAUGGGUGUCUGGUAUAGGUUGCGGAGUUGAUGUAUUGAUGUACUUUCCUGGCCCCUAGGUGGGCAUCCACUACGAGCUGUCUGAAGAGGAGAAAUUCUACAGGAACGCCCUGACUAGAAUGCCAGACGGACCGGCUGCCCUGGAGGAGGCCUACAACUCAGUCAAGGACAACGUCAAUGAAGUGGAGCGGUACGUCAAGGUACGCAUGCCCCAAUCAAUGAUUUGAAGCACCCUACUGGACUCUUUCUCAAUUCUUUCCUUGGUUCCUCACCUCGUACUUUGUCCGCCAAUGUGUUUUGAACACGAGGAAUCAAGGAACGAUUAUUGAGAUUCGUCCCAAGAUGGAGUGUACUACAGCAAUGGGUUCUAUCACUCACCCACGUGUCUCGGAUGUCUGUUGUAUAGGUGUGGCUGCAGUAUCAGUGCCUGUGGGACAUGCAGGCGGAGAACAUAUACAACCGCCUGGGGGAGGACCUGACCAAGUGGCAGGCCCUGCUAGUCCAAAUCCGCAAAGCCAGGGGGACCUUCGACAACGCCGAGACCAGGAAGGAAUUUGGGCCCGUGGUCAUCGACUAUGGCAAGGUAAAGAGUCUGACUGUUCAGCAGUAGAGUUGUAGAGCACCUUGUUUAUGCCGUUCUUUUCAUGUAAUAACGCCUAGAAAUGUGAUGAUUGGUUAAACUCCAGGUCCAGUCCAAGGUGAACCUGAAGUAUGACUCCUGGCACAAAGAGGUUCUCAGCAGGUUCGGCCAGAUGCUGGGCAACAACAUGCAGGACUUCCACUCCCAGAUCUCCAAGGUAAGCCCUCUCCUGUCUGCCAAGAGAAACAGUUUUCAUCGUAGUCUCUCGCUAUAUUUUCCAAUAUCCAUACUAGCAUACCACUUAGAAUGCAUGCCCAUUACAUUGCUUCAGUCUAAGUUAUGUUAGUGUGGCUGGAACAGACCAUUGGACUCUAUCUGAUUUCAACCUGUUUUCAUGUUUCACCCCAGUCCCGCCAAGAGCUGGAGCAGCACUCCGUGGACACGGCCAGCACUUCGGACGCUGUGACUUUCAUCACCUACGUCCAGACGCUCAAACGCAAGAUCAAGCAGUUUGAGAAGAAUGUGGAUGUACGUACUGUUAAAACCGCUUUCAUAGGACCUCAAAUCGUUGUCAUGGGUGAAAAGAUGGAUGGAUUUUAAAUCUGGACUUUUUUUCUUCACAGCUUUUCCGCAACGGUCAGCGGCUUCUCGAGAAGCAGCGCUUCCAGUUCCCGCCAACGUGGCUAUACAUUGACAACAUCGAGGGCGAGUGGGGUGCCUUCAGCGACAUCAUGAAGCGCAAGGACACGGCCAUACAGCAGCAGGUGGCCAACCUGCAGAUGAAGAUCGUCCAGGAAGACAAAGCCGUGGAGGGUCGCACCAUCGAUCUCCUCGCUGACUGGGAGAAGACCAAACCAGUGGCUGUAAGAGACAAUUAUUUAAGAAAGAUACAUUUUUGGGAAUGAUUGUGACGUGUAGGAUGGCUUUGUUUCAUUUUAUCGAAGUGAAUGUGAUCUUUGCAUAAAUCGUUCAUAUGCAUUUUCGCACCUUGACACUGAUCUUAGGUCAGUUUUCGUUCUCCCUCCCGGUUAGUGUUGGGAUUUCGGAGAGGGUAUAAGCUGAUCAUAGAUCUGUUAUUCCAUAGGGUGGCCUGCGUCCAGAGGAUGCCCUCCAGUCUCUCACCAUCUACGAGGGAAAGUUUGGCCGGCUGAAGGACGACAGGGAUAAGUGUUCCCGCGCCAAAGAGGCCCUGGAGCUGACCGACACCGGCCUGUUGAGCGGCAGCGAGGAGAGAGUUCAGGUAUGGUUAUAACACCUCUCCAUUGCCUUUUUAAACUAGAGGUGUUCACUUUCCAGUACUGAAUGGUAUCUGCAGCCAGCCGCUACUCCGGAUGGACUGUUCAUUAGUCAGUGCAAGAGCAGAUCGGCAUAUGGUAUCGAUGGUCUCCUUGCCUCUUUGUGCCUGGGGUCCUGGUAUAUCUGUCGAUACAAACAUUUCACUUCCCGACAAGAUGUUCACAGAUGCUCCUCUGCAGUGUUGUAGCAUAGCAUUUUAUAUAAGCGUGAUAUGUUCUAAGUCUAUUUCUAUGUGCUGUAGGUGGCUCUGGAGGAGCUGCAGGACCUGAAGGGGGUGUGGUCUGAGCUGUCCAAGGUGUGGGAGCAGAUCGACCAGGCAAAGGAGCAGCCCUGGGUCUCUGUUCAACCACGCAAGGUAAGAUUCCAUUAUUUUUCUUCUCAUAUUAAACUGCUAGACUUGUCACUAAAGACCAUUUCUGUUUAGGAUCAAGUCUAAUGUGCCUCUUUAUUUGUGAUUGUAGCUGCGUCAGAGUUUGGACGGCCUUCUAAACCAGCUGAAGAACUUCCCAGCUCGACUGAGGCAGUAUGCAUCCUACGAGCACGUCCAGAGGCUUCUCAAGGGUUACAUGAAGGUAAGACCCCAUAUCUCUCUCAAUAAUAUUUGAUCUAAAAAUGGCAUUAUUGCAAUAGAAAAGUAUUUACUUGCGACAAAGGAUUGAACAUGCCUGGUUGACUUUCAUCUAAGAUGGGCAAAGCUUGGGCAAGUACUGUGUACAUGUUCAUGUUGAAAAACGUCCUGAUGACGUUAACAAAAUGCUCAAACAAACUGUCCCGUCCUAACACUCAACUGUUCUUAUCUCAUCUCUCAGAUCAACAUGCUGGUGAUCGAGCUGAAGUCAGAGGCCCUGAAGGACCGCCACUGGAAGCAGCUGAUGAAGCGUCUGCACGUGAACUGGGUGCUGUCGGAGCUGACCCUGGGACAGAUCUGGGACGUGGACCUGCAGAAGAACGACAUGGUGGUGAGGGAUGUGCUGCUGGUGGCCCAGGGAGAGAUGGCCCUGGAGGAAUUCCUCAAACAGGUAACCACAACAUUCAACUCCACAAAUAUGAUUUUUCCCUGCAGUGCAAUUACAACAACAAAAAAGUAGCUCGUAAUUUAUGUCCAUAGAGAAAAUAAAAUAUCAGUGCACUGCCUUUCAACCAUAGUGAUCGUCUUUUCAAUUGUGUGUGACAGUCACAAGACAAAGUAAGUGGCAUGCUGAGGAUGUAUUCUUUUUUUCAUUGAUCCACAACAGAUCCGUGAGGUCUGGAACGCCUAUGAGCUGGACCUGAUCAACUACCAGAACAAGUGCCGUCUGAUCCGCGGCUGGGACGACCUCUUCAACAAGGUCAAGGAGCACAUCAACAGCGUGUCGGCCAUGAAGCUGUCGCCUUACUACAAGGUAGGUGGUUGUUUCAAUUCAAACGUGUUCUUACCAGAGAUGGAGACUUGAUCUUGUAGUCUUUACACCACAUAAAUAAGGUCUCGUGAUCUGGUUCUUAAGAGGUUGGGCCUGGAUCUCAAGGGUUCUAGACUGGUCUUGGUCUUGACUCCAUCUCUGGUUCGUGCAGGAUAGUAUAAGAAUGUACAUGGUAUAUUCCUAGUCUCCAUAAGGUGUCAAUGGUUCCUGCUGUGAUGUGCCAUCAGGUGUUUGAGGAGGAUGCUCUGAGCUGGGAGGACAAGCUGAACAGGAUCAUGGCCCUGUUUGACGUGUGGAUCGACGUCCAACGCCGCUGGGUCUAUCUGGAGGGCAUCUUCACCGGCAGCGCUGACAUCAAACACCUGCUGCCUGUGGAGACCCAGAGGUUCUCGAGGUAAGAUCCGCAGUUCCUCCGUUUUGAUCUUCUCCAAUGCAUUUUGUGAAGGAGGCAAGGAAUCAAGGAAAAACUUUUGAGAUUUCCCCUUGUCACCUACGAUUUGGGAAUAGGCCAAAUAACCUUGUCUAUGGUGAAGAGGACUUUGUAAAGAUCGUGAUUACCUUUUACCAUUGGAGAAAGAACAUUACUCACUGCCAUUACUCAACUCUCAUUUAUAGCAUCAGCACAGAGUUCCUGGCUCUGAUGAAGAAGGUGACCAAGUCUCCUCUGGUGAUGGACGUGCUGAACAUCCAGGGGGUGCAGAGGUCUCUGGAGAGGCUGGCCGACCUGCUGGGCAAGAUCCAGAAGGCCCUGGGAGAGUACCUGGAGAGGGAGAGGUCCUCAUUCCCCAGGUAAGACGUUAUCCAUGUCUCUCUAAAGGGGCAUCUGACUGAUUCUAUUAUGUUGUAUGGUGAUGUAGUCAGUCCUGUAGACACUUUAAAAAGUGACUUAUGGUCAGCACAAAAUAAAAGCCCAGUGCAGUCAAAAACGUGAUUGUCCUGUGUAUAUGUGUGUGUGUAUAUAUAUAUAUUAUAUGUUUGGACACACCUACACAUUCAAGGAUUUUUCUUUAUUUUUACUAUUUUCUAUAUUGUAAAAUAAUAGUGACUACAUCAGAACUAUGAAAUAACACAUAUGGAAUCAUGUAGUAACCAAAAAAGUGUUAAACAAAUCAAAAUAUAUUUUAGAUUCUUCAAAGUAGCCACCCUUUGCCUUGACGACAGCUUUGCACACUCUUGGCAUUCUCUCAACCAGCUUCACCUGGAAUUCUUUUCCAACUGUCUUGAAGGAGUUCCCACAUAUGCUGAGCACUUGUUGGCUGCUUUUCCUUCACUCUGCGGUCCAACUCAUCCCAAAACCAUCUCAAUUGGGUUGAGGUCGGGGGAUUGUGGAAGCCUGGUCAUCUGGUGCAGCACUCCAUCACUCUCCUUCUUGGUCAAAUAGCCCUUACACAGCCUGGAGGUGUUUUGGGUCAUUGUCCUGUUGAAAAACAAAUGAUAGUCCCACUAAGCGCAAACGAGAUGGGACGGCAUAUCGCUGCAGAAUGCUGUGGUAGCCAUGCUGGUUAAGUGUGCCUUGAAUUCUAAAUAAAUCACAGACAGUGUCACCAGCAAAGCAUCCCCACACCAUCACACCACCUCCUCCAUGCUUCACGGUGGGAACCACACAUGUGGAGAUCAUCUGUUCACCAACUCUGCGUCUCACAAUGACAUGGCAGUUGGAACCAAAAAUCUCAAAUUUGGACUCCAGACCAAAGGACAGAUUUCCACCGGUCUAAUGUCCAUUGCUCGUGUUUCUUGGCCCAAGCAAGUCUCUUCUUCUUAUUGAUGUCCUUUAGUAGUGGUUUCUUUGCAGCAAUUCGACCAUGAAGGCCUUAUUCACGCAGUCUCCUUUGAACAGUUGAUGCUGAGAUGUGUCUGUUACUUGAACUCUUUGAAGCAUUUAUUUGGGCUGCAAUCUGAGGCUGGUAACUCUAAUGAACGUAUCCUCUGCAGCAGAGGUAACUCUGGGUCUUCCUUUCCUGUGGCGGUCCUCAUGAGAGACGGUUCUUAAUUUUCCGUAUUGACUGACCUUCAUGUCUUAAAGUAAUGAUGGACUGUCGUUUCUCUUUGCUUAUUUGAGCUGAUCUUGCCAUAAUAUGGACUUGGUCUUUUACCAAAUAGGGCUAUCUUCUGUAUACCCACCCCUACCUUGUCAGAACACAACUGAUUGGCUCAAACACAUUAAGAAGGAAAGAAAUUCCACAAAUUAACUUUUAACAAGGCACACCAGUUAAUUGAAAUGCAUUCCAGGUGACUACCUCAUGAAGCUGGUUGAGAGAAUGCCAAGAGUGUGCAAAGCUGUCAUCAAGGCAAAGGGUGGCUUCUUUGAAGAAUCUCAUCAAAAAUAUAUUUUGAUUUGUUUAACACUUUUUUUGGUUACUACAUGAUUCCAUAUGUGUUAUUUCAUAGUUUUGAUGUCUUCACUAUUAUUCUACAAUGUAGAAAAUAGUAAAAUUAAAGAAAAACCCUUGAAUGAGUAGGUGUGUCCAAACUUUUGACUGGUACUGUAUAUAUACCCACACUGAGGUUGGAAUAAUACUGUGAAAAUUAUAAUUGCCUUUUCGUGUAAGAGCUGUUUGAAAAGACUGCCUGAAAUAUCAGCCUGUUUUGGUCAUAUGGAGUUUUGGCCUUCCAUGGUGACAUCACCAUGCGGUGAGUUGGUUAAUAGACCAAUAAGAAAGAGUUCCAAACCUCUCUGCCAAUAACAGCUAGUUUUCAGUUUUCCCCUCCCCACUCAGACCAUUCCCAGACAGUCUUAGCAAAAUUCUUGCAUGAGAAAUUGCCCUUUGCUAAGAAGCUUUUUUUGUUUAUUUUUGACAAUUGUUUUAUUGAAAACGAUCACAUUAAGGUACUUAAUUGUUACCCAGACAUGAUUUGAUAUUGAGAUAAAAAUGGCUGCAUUGGCCCUUGUAAGGAUACACAAUUUCUCUCUGCCAGGUUCUACUUCGUUGGUGACGAAGACUUACUGGAGAUCAUCGGAAACAGCAAGAACGUGGCCAAGCUGCAGAAGCACUUCAAGAAGAUGUUUGCCGGCGUCUCCAGCAUCCUGCUGAAUGAGGAAAACACGGUAGUGCUGGGUAUCUCGUCCCGCGAGGGCGAGGAGAUCUUCUACAAGUCCCCCGUGGACCUCAUAGAGCACCCCAAGAUCAACGACUGGCUGACCCUGGUGGAGAAGGAGAUGCGGGUCACUCUAGCCAAGCUGCUGGCCGAGUCCGUCACUGAGGUGGGCGGCUUCAACAAGGGCAACACCAUCGAACUCGGCACUUACAUCGACUGGAUCGACCGAUACCAGGUACAGAACGUCACAGUGAGCUGUUGUACAUCCUGUGGUUCCCAUUUUGUUUGUUUGGUCACUUACCAAAUGCAAUUUGAUUUGUCAUGUUAUUCACCAAAUCAUGUUCUUGAGUCAGCAAUGACUCAAUAGAAAUUGACCACGUCUGACUAUUUAAGGAUAUGCUGUACAUAGUCUCUCUAGACAGACUGGUUGCCUCCCAAUGUUCUGGUUUACACAUCUGUACAGAUACAACGUCAGUUUGGCAUAGAGCUGCCUUAUCCACUUGUUUCCCACAUCCCCCAGAUACAAAAUAGUAGCUAGCAAGAUGGAGAUCACAGAUGUUUUUUUUAAUGAGCGCAUUUCACAAGUAGCUAGUUUGCAUCAACUACCUUCACUAAAACCACCUGCAAACUUUGGUUUAGAAUUUUGACAAUCUGGCAUGUCUGCCUCGUGAUUUGUUGUGAGUUGUCUGUCUGAAGAGGACCCUCCCCGGAACAAUUUAUUUUCCCUUUUCGAAGUUACCAAGAGAGUCCGUCCUUAAUCCCAGACCCUAGUCACUGCUGUUGCUUAGGGUCUGGGUUUCCGAGACUACGCUGCACAAGACCACCACUCAAUCACAUUUUAUUUAUAUGGCCCUUUUCACAAAUACAUAGGUCACAAAGUGGUUAUGAGAAAGUAAACCAGCCAGUAGGCCCCAAAGAGGAUCCAUGAAAAAUUGUAUUCCAACCAAUAUCCCCCACAAAGCGCGUCCAUGGUUAUUCUAGAUCUGUGAAUCUUGGAACCACUUGAACUCUCUCUUCCUUUUUCUUUCUCUUCUCUUUACUAACUCCAGGCUCAGCUGGUGGUGCUGUCGGCUCAGAUCGACUGGUCGGAGAAAGUGGAUGCUGCUCUGACCACAAUCUCGGGGGGCGGAGACAUGUCGCCCAUAUCAAGCGUGCUGACCAACGUGGAGGCUACCCUGAAUGUGCUGGCUGACACCGUACUGAUGGAGCAGCCUCCACUCCGCAGGAGGAAGCUGGAACAUCUGGUGAGUGCAAAAUGCUACAUUGUCAAACAUUCUGAACAGCUUGGACGAGUUACUUUGGCCCAUAGAAAUAGAAUGAAUCGAGCGGAACCGCUUAGAACCUCUAACCCUGGCAAUUUGACAAGUAAACUCAUGGGUACACUCACAAUGGCUGCCUGAUAUUGUGACGCAAUAAUUUCCAUGGUAAUGUAGAAUGUUAAUUCAAAUGAUGCUAACUGAUGUGACGCUUUUAUUUUUUGUAAUGUCAGUUGAGUUGAUUCAACAAAUCACAGCACAGAUAGAUGGGUACACUUCCUGCUUUUAACUCCUUCUUUUACUUCCUGCUUGGCCGCCAGUCCACCCAUUAUGCCAUCAUUGACUUCUAUUCGUUCUAUUUCUUUGCUUUGGCAAGUUAGUUUGGACCAGUUGGUUUGGACGAGUUUCUUUGUGCUCCUUCCCUAUAGAUCACUGAGCUGGUCCACCAGAGGGACGUGACCAGGCAACUGAUCAAGAACAAGAUCGACAACCCCAAGUCAUUCGAGUGGCUCAGCCAGAUGCGCUUCUACUUCGACCCAAAGCAGACGGACGUUCUGCAGCAGCUGUCCAUCCAGAUGGCCAAUGCCAAGUUCAACUAUGGAUUUGAGUACCUGGGAGUCCAGGACAAGUUGGUCCAGACCCCCCUUACCGACCGCUGCUAUCUGACUAUGACCCAGGCCCUGGAGGCCAGGUUCGGUGGAGCCCCCUUCGGUAUGCUCCAAGAACUACAUGCCACUCUAGACUAUACAUAGCCAACAAAGUAGUUUAAAUUCUAAAAGGCAAACUGAGUUGCAAUCAUAUCCUCUUCCUCUGGUGAUUUUUUUUUUCCCGCUGUUAUUUCCAGGGCCCGCCGGAACUGGAAAGACUGAGUCGGUGAAGGCUCUGGGUCACCAGCUGGGACGCUUUGUCCUGGUCUUCAACUGUGACGAGACCUUUGACUUCCAGGUACGCUAAUACUGACUGAUACUUCACACUAAAAAAAGGCUGAUCUUGGUUUAAUGUUAUAUUCAUGAGUUAUUUUCAGAAUGUGAGAAACCUCUUUUAAGAGACCUGUUUCUCUGUUGUCUGCAGGCGAUGGGUCGUAUCUUUGUGGGCUUGUGCCAGGUAGGCGCCUGGGGCUGCUUCGACGAGUUCAAUCGUCUGGAGGAAAGGAUGCUGUCGGCUGUCUCCCAGCAGGUCCAGUUCAUCCAGGUGGCCCUAAGGGAGCACAGCAACCCCAACCGAGACCGCAGUAUGUGUCUCCACAGCCUCUCAUUGAAAGCUUCUUCGAAUGGCCAUUGAAAGUGCUUAGUCUUGGUCUGGGAGGCCCUAUAUGUUAUAAAAUACAUCAGACCAAUGUCGAAUGACUGCUGACAAUAUCACAUUGUUCAUUACAAACCAAACAUGUCUUCAUAUAGCGUUGCACUUAAGAACGUAAGUUCUACAAAGUCACUGUUUUCCCCCUUCCUAAGGCGCUGCCAUCUCCUGCGAGCUGCUCAACAAGCAGGUGAAGGUGAGCCCCGACAUGGCCAUCUUCAUCACCAUGAACCCCGGCUACGCCGGCCGCUCCAACCUGCCCGACAAUCUGAAGAAGCUGUUCCGCUCCCUGGCCAUGACUAAGCCCGACCGCCAGCUCAUUGCCCAGGUCAUGCUCUACUCCCAGGGCUUCCGCACUGCCGAGAUCCUGGCCAAGAAGAUCGUGCCCUUCUUCAAGUAUGUACUGUACACAACCAGGCCAGGUCUUGAGGCUCGGGGGGGGGGAAGAGUUGUUAGAAUGGCGGCGAUGGGGCAUUUGUCAUUAGUUGAUAGUGACACGUUAAUAAAUUCAUGAGAUUACUUUCAAGUCAUUUGCAGCUUAUUUCUUCUGGCUGGGAGAGUCAGUUGUGGAAGGAUAUCUAUCCCAAUGGAAUCUCCUUAUAAGCUGUGAUAUCGUUUUUGCUGCAAGUGACUGAAUCUGAUAAGUAAUGUCUUUGGACAUUUCCAACAACAUUUGAGAACCGUUAGAUCAAAUCAUUGGAAAUCUGUCAUGCAUGCCAACAAUACUACCACCCAAUGCUCCACUCUAUUUCUUUGGUGUUCCUUCUCAUUGACUGAAAGAAAAUUUUUCUCUGUGCACCUGCAGACUGUGUGAUGAGCAGCUGUCCUCCCAGAGUCACUACGACUUUGGCCUGCGAGCCCUUAAGAGCGUGUUGGUCAGCGCCGGCAAUGUGAAGCGGGAGCGCAUCCAGAGGAUCAAGAAGGAUAAGCGCGAGCGCGGCGAGAACGUGGACGAGAACGAGAUCGCAGAGAACCUCCCGGAACAGGAGGUAAAGGAACUGAAGUAUCUGUGGCGGCAUUAGUUUUCUCUCUUGGAUAAUAAAUACUGUACUUACAAAACAUAUAGACACACUAGACUUCUAGUAGUAUGUCCACCAACUAAUCCCUUAGGAAAUAUUUUUACACUGGGUCAGGCGAGACCAUGCCACCUAAUGUAAAGAUAAAUAGGACUGCCAAUAGUGCAUGCCUGGCAUUGAUUUUCUGUUAUCUAGAAGGGAUGUCUCCUAAGCUCUGUGUGUCCCUGUCUGUGUUCAGAUCCUGAUCCAGAGUGUGUGUGAGACCAUGGUGCCCAAGCUGGUGGCUGAGGACAUCCCCCUGCUGUUCAGCCUGCUGUCGGACGUAUUCCCCGGCGUGCAGUACAUGCGUGGCGAGAUGACUGCGCUGCGCGAGGAGCUCCGCAAAGUCUGCGCCGAGAUGUUCCUCACCUACGGAGACGGAGACGACGUGGGCAGUAUGUGGGUGGAGAAGGUACUUAAUGCAGCUCUGGUCAAUAAAGUCCCCAUUUAUUAAUUCUGUAUGGUUUCACCCAGAGCCAUAGAUGCGGAGCUUGGCAAAACCAUCCUUCAUGUUGAUGACAAAUGUACCUUAGUUGUUCCAUCUAUGACAAAAUCGAUACUACUUUCAACUCUGGAAUGUCAUUCCCUUGGAACUUUUGGUGCAAACUUUAAGUUGAUUAAAAUAUCUGAAUUUCAAACGAAGUUUAUCUGCACCCCCAAGCUGUGUACUGCUUGAUCUAAAGUCUUCAUACUAGAUAUGUUGGCUAAGUGUCAAGUCUGCAUGUAUAUUCAGUAAUAUAUUCAACCAUAUCAUAUCAUUCCAGGUGCUCCAACUGUACCAGAUCACCCAGAUCAACCACGGCCUGAUGAUGGUGGGGCCCUCUGGCAGUGGCAAGACCAUGGCCUGGAGGGUGCUGCUCAAGGCCCUGGAGCGCCUGGAGGGAAUGGAGGGCGUGGCCCACAUCAUCGACCCCAAGGCCAUCAGUAAGGACCACCUGUACGGAACCCUGGACCCCAACACCCGCGAGUGGACCGAUGGGCUCUUCACACAUGUUCUCAGGAAGUAGGUGUUAGGAGUUGGCUUGAAUAUACAUUGUCUCGCGACACGACUGGUGUCCCCCAGGGUUUGGUACUAGGUCCUCGCUUGUUCUCUCUGUACACCAAGUCACUUCAGUUCUGUCAUAUCCUCACAUGGGCUCUCUUACCAUUGUUAGGCUGAUUACACUCAAAUCUAUUUUUGUAUGUAUAAAUCCAAUCAAUUAAUUAAUGGUGUUUUUUUCCAUCCCAGGAUCAUUGACAACGUGAGAGGCGAGUUGCAGAAACGGCCAGUGGAUCAUCUUCGAUGGUGACGUGGACCCCGAGUGGGUAGAGAAUCUCAACUCUGUGCUGGACGACAACAAGUUGCUCACCCUGCCCAACGGAGAGCGUCUCAGCCUGCCACCAAACGUAUGUUGUGUCCCUCGAAGCCACACAUCUUUUUAAUGGAAGUCCAUUGUCUUUUAAUCCAAAGGGGAAUACCAUUCAAAAGUUGAAAUGUUAAGUUUUGUUCUUUUACCUUUUGAAUAUUUCACCUGGGAAUGCAACCCUGUGACAUCAUUUAGCAUUACUCUCCUAACUCCGUAAUGUGGUCGUAGGUGCGCAUCAUGUUCGAGGUACAGGAUCUGAAGUAUGCCACCCUGGCCACUGUGUCUCGUUGUGGCAUGGUCUGGUUCAGCGAAGACGUGCUCAGCACUGACAUGAUCUUCAACCACUUCCUGGCACGCCUGCGCAGCAUCCCAUUGGACGAGGGCGAGGACGAGGCUUUCCGCAUGCACAAGGGCACGGAGGACGAGGGCGAGGAGACCGCCUCCCCCAUGCUACAGGUUAGUAGCUUGGAUGCAAUGGAAAGCUGUGUUCUUAUUGGACAAGUUGAGGUGAUACCUUUCUAGAGUCACUCUGUUUCAAAAAGUUUUUAACCUGUUGAUGAACGCGACCAUGCUCUCGGCCCUUCCUUGCAAUUGUGGUUCAAAAACCAACUGUGUUAGACUAGCAGUCUUGUAACACGUCUCCACGUUAACUUUCUCUCUUUCUCUAUCCAGAUCCAGAGGGACGCAGCGUCCAUCUUGCAGCCCUACUUCACCUCCACUGGGCUGGUGAUCAAGGCGUUGGAGCACGCCUCCAACAUGGAGCACAUCAUGGACUUCACGCGGCUGCGCUGCAUGGGUUCCCUGUUCUCCAUGCUGCACCAGGCCUGCCGCAACGUGGCGCUCUACAACAACAACCACUCCGACUUCCCCAUGCCCAUCGACCAGCUGGAGCGCUACAUGCAGGUCAGUCCGUGGCGCCACAGUGCCCCCUGCUCGUGGGGAGUCUAAAUGGAGUCCCCCAGGGCUUGGUGUCAAUUCCAUUUCAAUUCCCUUCAGUUUAGGAGAUUCAUUUAAAUGUAAUUUUAAGAAUGGAAAAGUGUCCUUUUUUCCAAUUUAAUAUUUUUCUAUUCACUUCCUGGAAACUCCCCAGACCUUAAUCCCAUUGAGAACUUGUGGUCGAUCCUCAAGAGGCGGGUGGACAAACAAAAACCCACAAAUUCUGACAAACUCCAAGCAUUGAUUAUGCAAGAAUGAGCUGCCAUCAGUCAUGAUGUGGCCCAGAAGUUAAUUGACAGCAUGCCAGGGCGGAUUGCAGAGGUCUUGAAAAAGAAGGGUCAACACUGCAAAUAUUGACUCUUUGCAUAAACUUAAUGUAGUUGUCAAUAAAAGCCUUAGACACUUAUGGAAUGCUUGUAAUUAUACUUCAGUAUACCAUAGUAACAUCUGACAAAAAUAUCUCAUAACACUGAAGCAGCAAACUUUGUGAAGACCAAUACUUGUGUCGUGGUCAAAGUUUUGAGAAUGACUGACUGUAUACUGAACAAAAAUAUAAACGCAACAUGUAGUGUUGGUCCCAUGUUUCAUGAGCUGAAAUAAAGAAUCCCAGAAAUGUUCCAUAUGCACAAAAAGUGUGUUUCUCUUAGUGAGCAUUUCUCAUUUUCCAAGAUAUGCCACACCUGUGAGGUGGAUGGAUUAUCAAGAAGCUGAUUAAACAGCAUGAUCAUUACACAGGUGCACCUUGUGUUGGGGACAAUCAAAGGCCACUCUAAAAUGUGCAGUUUUGUCACACAAAACAACACCACAGAUGUCUCAAGUUUUGAGGGAGCGUGCAAUUGGCAUGCUGACUGCAGGAAUGUCCACCAGAGCUGUUGCCAGAGAAUUGAAUGUUCAUUUCUCUACCAUAAGCUGCCUCCAAUGUCGAUUGUAGAUCAUUUGACAGUACGUUCAACCGGCCUCACAACCGCAGACCGUAUGAGGUUGUGGGGGCGAGCGGUUUGCUGAUGUCAACUUUGUGAACCAUGCCCCAUGGUGGGGGUGGGGUUAUGGUAUAGGCAGUCAUAAGCUAUGGACAACGAACACAAUUGCAUUUUAUCGAUGGCUAUUUGAAUGCACAGAAAUACUGUGACAAGAUCCUGAGGCCCAUUUUUUGUAAGGUAUCUUUUACCAACCGAUGCAUAUCUGUAUUCCCAGUCGUGAAAUCCAUAGAUUAGAGCCUAAUGAACUUGUUUCAAUUGACUGAUUUCCUCAUGAACUGUAACUCAGAAAAAAUAUUUGAAAUUGUUGCAUGUUGCGUUGAUAUUUUUGUUCAGUUAUAUAUUUUAAUACAUGAGUUUUAUAAAUGUUAAUCACAUUUCUGCCUGGUGGCUCCACAGAGGUACCUGAUCUACGCCGUGCUGUGGUCCUUCUCGGGCGAUGGCCGGCUGAAGAUUCGUGGUGAGCUGGGCGAUUACAUCCGCCGCAUCACCACUGUGCCCCUGCCCUCGGCACCCAACGUGCCCAUCAUUGACUACGAGGUAGGAAUGAAUGUGCCCUCAAGUCUUGGGCAACAUCAAGCUCAAUACUUUUCAAGUUAAAAUGUAUUGUACUCUCCCGAGUCCGUGCAGGAGUUGCAGCGAUGGGACAAAAAUGUAACUACCAAUUGGAUAUCACGAAAUUGGGUAGAAAAAGGGCCCAAAAAAUUAUAAUAAUAAAAAAAUAAAAAUGGUAUUGUACAUUACAGGCACAGAUGGAUAGAAAACACAAAACCUUUGUCUAGGAAAACCUCUGGUCACUAGUUACAUGAAUUAUACUCCAACCCUCCUUCCUGCUUUCUUUCUUCCCUUCAGGUGAACAUCUCUGGCGAGUGGCAGUCGUGGCAGGGCAAGGUGCCCCAGAUCGAGGUGGAGACCCACAGGGUGGCUAGCCCUGACGUGGUGGUGCCCACCCUGGACACGGUGCGCCAUGAGGCCCUGCUCUACACCUGGCUGGCCGAGCACAAGCCCCUGGUGCUGUGUGGCCCCCCCGGCUCGGGUAAAACCAUGACCCUGUUCAGCGCCCUCCGAGCCCUGCCCGACAUGGAGGUAAGUGUGGUGGCAUCAGGAACAUCGUUCACUAGGGUUAGAUGGCACUUGACCAGUGAGUUGCCAUUGUAGACUAAACUGACAACCAUGGUUUGAAUUGGGGAGUUUUAGUGCUGAAUUGGAACAAAAGCCUGCACAUGUCCUCAUAAUUGGCCACCCUAGAGCUAAGUCUGAGUAGUAUUCUAGAACAGAGCCUAUAUCUCUAAGUGUGCAUUGAGUCAUUCGUAGUAGUAGGUUUGCCUGCCAAACCAAGUUAACCCUUCCACUUCUGCUCCCAGGUUGUGGGUCUGAAUUUCUCCAGCGCCACCACCCCGGAGCUGCUGCUGAAGACCUUUGACCACUACUGCGAGUACCGCCGCACGCCCAACGGUGUGGUCCUGGCCCCAGUGCAGCUGGGCAAGUGGCUGGUGCUCUUCUGUGAUGAGAUCAACUUGCCCGACAUGGACAAGUAUGGCACCCAGAGAGUCAUCUCCUUCCUCAGACAGGUGAGGGGAUCACACACAUACUUGUUGUUAGAUCCGUGUGAGGACCAUAUACACAUGCACAAACAUGCGCGUGCACACACACUGUCUGUGUCUCAAUAGGUUUAAAGGUCCGCCAUUUCCUGGUUGAUAAAAUUCUAAUAGUUUGCGUAAUUUCAGUUUUUGACAAAACAAGCAAUGAAGGUGUAGAUAAUUAUUGUAUCAUCUAAACCGCAGUGAAAUAUAUAUUUUCAAUAACCAAAAAUAUUGUAUUUUCAAAUGUUUUGAAGCUGGUGUAUAAAACCAAAAGUAAAAGACGCAAAAACAAAACUUAAGAACGGGAAGCAUAGCAAAAGCGCACAGAUCAACUGCUUCUUAGAUUUGCUUUAAGUGAGAAUGACAGAUCUAUAACUGUGAAUUUGGUGGGGUCGCCCAAAAUGUUACAUAUUGCAGCUUUAACCAUGAUCACCUAUCGGUGGUACUAAAGGAAAGGAGACCAGGGGCCUCAUAAAUGUUGCAUACGUACGAAAUAUACCCCAAAAUAUGCAUGCAACAGUUUUCCCACAAAAGUUGGCAUUUAUAAAAACUGAACUUGGCGCACAUUUUCUAGUGGUUGAAGUGUGGUCCUCUGUAGCUCAAUUGGUAGAGCAUGGCGCUUGUAACGCCAGGGUAGUGGGUUCGAUCCCCGGGACCACCCAUACGUAGAAAUGUAUGCACACAUGACUGUAAGUCGCUUUGGAUAAAAGCGUCUGCUAAAUGGCAUAUUAUUAUAUUAUUGAAUUGCAAGUAGGCAAAUAAGUAUUUUGUGAAAAAAAAAAAAAGGAAAGCAUAUAACAAGAUGCAGCCAUUUGCCGUUAGUAGGCCUAAGAGCGAAAAUCUCUUUUGUAUUUAUUUUUUAUCUAAAAUAAUUAGACAUAGGAAUUUAUUUCAUAACCGUUGCAGAAAUAUUCCACCUUUUCUGGCCGUGAUGCAUUCCCGAAGUAGCCAUACAACAAAUGACCAUGUGUAUCUCGUAUUUAGUUGGUCCUAGUAGCCUAGUAAAUAGAUGUAUUUCAAGUUUUGCUGUAGUCUAUGCGAUCCCAUAGGCAGCACAGUUUAUUACAUAGGCUACAGUCAAAUUUAACAGGUGAACAGACGGAACUAUGUAUGUACCUACUGUAAGUAGCCUACUGUAAUGUCAAUUUUUUUUGGAUAGCCUAGACAAUGUUUCAGAACUCACAGGGGCAGUCCAGCAUAUUUCGGUUGGGGGGAAAGUCGAUGCAAAACAUUGUUGAAUUAUGGUCCUCUGUAGCUCAGCUGGUAGAGCACGGCGCUUGUAACGCCAGGGUAGUGGGUUCGAUACCCGGGACCACCCAUACACAAAAAAAAAUGUAUGCACGCAUGACUGUAAGUCGCUUUGGAUAAAAGCGUCUGCUAAAUGGCAUAUUAUUAUUAUUAUUAUUGAAUUCAAACAUUCUGAUGACAGGUCCACAACAAUUAGCCUUUUUUUUUUUCUUUUUUUUUACUGUCAUAUUCCUUUGCCAAAUACAGCAUAAGUUACUGCAAAAUAUUUUAAAAUUCUGCCAACGCCUCCAAAAACAUUUGAUCAAAUUUGCCAUUGCUCUUUCUUUUAGAAACUGCCCUUGACCUAAUUCCAAUAGUUCCAAAUUAUACAGCAAAUAAAGGGUGUUAUUGUCACCAAAACGGAGGGUGUUUUCCAGGCGGCGUUAUAAUGCUUGUUUAAGCACGCGCAGUUCUACAACAGGUCUGGUUUUAUAACGGGAAACAUUAGUAUGUAUGGCUUGCGCCAAGUUUAGAAAUCUCUAUUUUUAGACAUAAGCAUUCUUUGCAGAAAUGGCGCACGCAAAUAUUUUGUGUGAAAUUUACACAACGGUUAUAAAUGAGGCCCGAGGAGACUAUGAAGGAUGCCAUUUGAGAAUCAGCCAGUGUGUUCUGAAGGAAAACGCGAAGGCCUAUGUUAUGCAGAGUUCCUGCUGGAGUAUAAGCUCAUCCUCUUCUGGUGUUUUCCCCUGCAGAUGGUGGAGCAUGGUGGCUUCUACCGCACCUCUGACCAGACCUGGGUCAAGCUGGAGAGGAUCCAGUUUGUGGGAGCCUGUAACCCUCCCACCGACCCUGGCAGGAAGCCCCUCACCCACAGGUACACUGUAGGGUGUCCAAUCAAAAACGCAUCCUUUGACCAAUGGGUGAAAUAAUGUUAAUUGAAGGUCCUUCUCUAAGAAAACCAAUGGCUUGUAGGAUGGCCAAGAUUAGGGUGACUAAAUCAAUGGAGGCCAGAAUUUUUGGGGUCAAAAAUCUAGAAAAUAGCUUUGCGUCAGCUAGGCUGGAUGCUGUGAGAGAAUUAAGGCCAACUGACAGGCUCACCAUUGAACUCCUCUUUCUUCUCGAAUCCGGAGGACAAAAAACAAUAUAGAGGUAAGAUAGAUAUCGAUUUUGAGACAUGACGUAGUAUGUUAGUAUACGCUUUUCAUAUUAAGAUUUCUCUGAUAAACAAGCGCAUCUCUGUGAAAAGUCAACGGAGCACUGAGCGUACCGCAAUAUAUAUAUUUUUAAAGGCUUUUUACAUUUAAUUCAGCUUGUGUCAUGUAAAUGUAGCUUUUUGCGACCCCCGGAAACAACUUUGCAGACGACCACCACAACAUGUAAAAUCCUCAAAAGUCACUGCGAGAAGCGGCAUCGCUCUGUCAACAGAGCUCGGUGCUUAUUAUCAGAUGUAUUAGGUUACGAAAUUCGACUUUUUGGAUAUAAUGUUAAUGAUAUGUUUAGAGAAAGGCCCCACUGAAUGAUUCAGAACAUAAACAAUCAUAUUCGUCUUGGUAAAAUGUAUUUUAUAACAUAAGGAAGUGAAGUUUCAUCACCAAAGUCCGUUUUCACCCACUCUGGGAAGAGUGGGUGGACACCCUAUUCUGUCAACAUGACCUGUGACCUUUCUCAGACACUGUAGCUUUAUCCUGGGUCUUGUUCAGUAGGGCAUACCGUAGCAAAAUGCUUUGAAACUGAAAAUUGAUAUGACUUUCUUAUUGGAAAAGCCGUUUCAAUCAGUUUUCUCACGUUUUGUGCCUAAUGAACAUGACCCUGGACUAGAGUCACUGGUAGAUUUUAAAUGAUGAGUAACGCUGUGUGAUUGAAUUGUAGGUUUCUGCGACACGUACCAGUGGUGUACGUGGACUAUCCCGGCCCCGCCUCCCUCACUCAGAUCUACGGCACCUUCAACCGAGCCAUGCUGCGUCUCAUCCCUUCGCUGCGUACCUACGCCGAGCCCCUCACCGCCGCCAUGGUGGAGUUCUACACCAUGUCUCAGGUAAGACCCUCUGUACCAAGAGAUAGAUACAGUAGUAGUAGUAUUUACAGUAGUAUUUAUAGUAGUAGUAUUUACAGAAGUAUUUAUCUCUAUGGUACCACAUCCUCACAGACAAGCCUUGAAUAGGAGCCACUAUAGAAAUAAUUCUCAAUGUGCUGAACACAAUGUUAGGAUAGGAUGUAGCCGUCUAUGCUAUCUUGACAAAUAUCAUGGUCGUUGUCGGCAAAACGGCACAAACCGAUCUCGGGCCAGGCUAGAUUGGAUGUGCUGACCUCUGUCCUCAUUGACCUUCACCCUCUGUCGACUACAGGAACGCUUCACCCAAGACACCCAGCCCCACUACAUCUACUCACCCCGUGAGAUGUCCCGCUGGGUGAGGGGCAUCUUCGAGGCCCUGCGGCCCCUGGAGACGCUCCCUGUGGAGGGCCUCAUCCGCAUCUGGGCCCAUGAGGCCCUUCGCCUCUUCCAGGACAGGUGGGUGUUCAGUCCAUAGGGAAGUAGCCAGACUACUCCCUCCAAAGUAGUGUAGUAGAAUAUAUGGGGGAAAGAUUGUUUAGCCAUAUAACUAGGACCUGGAAUUUUCCCUUACCAGGAAAAACUCCAGGCGCUUGUUUUAGACUAUAACCAAGGCCUUGAGUUUUUCCUGAUUGUGUGACCUGAUCGAGAAAAACUCAGGGCCCUAUAUCAGUUAAACGCAAAGAGAUCCAAAUAUUGAAAUGUCCUGUUUGACCACCUUGACGCGUCUGUCCCCUACAGGCUAGUGGAGGAUGAGGAAAGACGCUGGACUGAUGAGAACAUCGACAUGGUGGCUCUCAAGCACUUCCCCAACAUCGACCGUGAAAAGGCCCUCAACAGGCCUAUCCUCUACAGCAACUGGCUCUCCAAGGUGAGCUUCCUCCCCUUAGAUACAAUAUAAUACUGUUCUGUUUAUACAGACGCAAUAUAAAAUGGUGUACUAUUUAAUUCUGUGUAUAUCCAUAUGUUGCAUCAUCUAAUUUCUCAUAACUACUGUAUAAACAUACCCGCCAUGAAUGUAGAGCCAAGAAAUUGACAAUUAAGGCUAAGAAUGAAAUAUGUUUUUUAGUUGGUGUCUGUUAACGGUUAUCUGUCCCUCUCCUCAGGAUUACAUCCCAGUGGAGCAAGAGGAGCUGAGAGACUAUGUCAAAGCCCGUCUAAGGGUGUUCUACGAGGAGGAGUUGGACGUGCCUCUGGUGCUUUUUAACGAGGUGCUGGACCAUGUCCUUCGAAUUGAUCGGUAAGAAAAAAUAUAUACAGUACCAGUCAAAAGUUUGGACACACCUACUCAUUCAAGGGUUUUUCUUUAUUUUUACUAUUUUCUACAUUGUAGAAUAAUAGUGAAGACAUCAAAACUAUGAAAUAGCACACAUGGAAUCAUGUAGUAACAAAAAAGUGUUAAACAAAUCAAAAUAUAUUUGAGAUUUGAGAUUCUUCAAAGUAGCCACCCUUUGCCUUGAUGACAGCUGUGCACACUCUUGGCAUUCUCUCAACCAGCUUUAUGAGGUAGUCACCUGGAAUGCUUUUCCAACAGUCUUGAAGGAGUUCCCACAUGCUGAGCACUUGUUGGCUGCUUUUCCUUCACUCUGCAGUCCAACUCAUCCCAAACCAUCUGAAUUGGGUUGAGGUCGGGUGAUUGUGGAGGCCAGGUCAUCUGGUGCAGCACUCCAUCACUCUCCUUCUUGGUAAAAUAGACCUUACACAGCCUGGAGGUGUUUUGGGUCAUUGUCCUGUUGAAAAACAAAUGAUAGUCCCACUAAGCGCAAACCAGAUGGGAUGGCGUAUCGGUGCAGAAUGCUGUGGUAGCCAUGCUGGUUAAGUUUGCCUUGAAUUGUAAAUAAAUCACUGACAGUGUCACCAGCAAAGCACCAUCACACCACCUCCUUUAUUCUUCACGGUGGGAACCACACGUGGAGAUCAUCUGUUCACCAACUCUGCGUCUCACAAAGACACAGCGGUUGGAACCAAAAAUCUCCAAUUUGGACUCAUCAGACCAAAGGACAGAUUUCCACCGGUCUAAUGUCCAUUGCUUGUGUUUCUUGGCCCGAGUAAGUCUGUUCUUCUUAUUGGUGUCCUUUAUUAAUGGUUUCUUUGCAGCAAUUCGACCAUAAAGGCCUUAUUCACGCAGUCUCCUCUGAACAGUUGAUGUUGAGAUGUGUCUGUUACUUGAACUCUGAAGUAUUUCUUUGGGCUGCAAUCUGAGGUGCAGUUAAUUGCAGAUUUCUGAGGCUGGUAACUAAUGAAUUUAUCCUCUGCAGCAGAGGUAACUCUGGGUCUUUCCUGUGGCUGUCCUCAUGAGAGCCAGUUUCAUCAUUGCGACUGCACUUGAAGGAACUUUAAAAGUUCUUGACAUUUUCCGUAUUGACUGACCUUCAAGUCGUAGUGUAAUGAUGGACUGUCAUUUUCUCUUUGCUUAUUUGAGCUGUUCUUGCCAUAAUAUGGACUUGGUCUUUUACCAAAUAGGGCUAUCUUCCGUAUACCCAACCCUUCCUUGUCACAACACAACUGAUUGGCUCAAACUCAUUAAGAAGGAAAGAAAUUCCACAAAUUACCUUUUAACAAGGCACACCUGUUCAUUGAAAUGCAUUCCAGGUGACUACCUCAUGAAGCUGGUUGAGAGAAUGCCAAGAAUGUGCAAAGCGGUCAUCAAGGCAAAGGGUGGCUACUUUGAAGAAUCUCAAAUCUCUAAUAUAUUUUGAUUUGUUUAACACUUUUUCGGUUACAACAUGAUUUCAUAUGUGUUAUUUCAUAGUUUUGAUGUCUUCACUAUUAUUCUACAUUGUAGAAAAUAGUAAAAAUAAAGAAAAACCCUUGAAUGAGUAGGUGUGUCCAAACGUUUGACUGGUAGUAUAUAUCUGCUUCACAUUUUGCAAUUUCCCACGUGGAUAGGUUUUUGAUUUUACAUUGUUAAAAUGACCAAUUCAUGUUCUUUCCAGAAUCUUCCGUCAGCCCCAGGGUCAUCUCCUGCUGAUUGGAGUAAGUGGUGCAGGGAAGACCACCCUGUCGCGCUUUGUGGCUUGGAUGAAUGGCCUGAGUGUCUAUCAGAUCAAGGUAAGUAAAGAAAAUGUAACCGUUAUUGGUUACCUGCAAAUUGAACUGUACCAUGAAUUGCAGUUCAAAGGUAUCUGGACAACAUUUCAACACAUUACAACAGAUACUGUGGAUGGGAAAAGUAAUGGUUCAGUUUGCAGAAGUGUUUGUUAGGUCUGUGUUGAAUUCAAUUAGUUCUGAGUUCAGUGGUUGAAUGAGGUGCUGAGCACAUUGCGACGUGUGUGUGUCCAGGUGCACAGGAGGUACACAGGCGAUGACUUUGACGAGGACCUGCGGACAGUCCUGCGGCGCUCCGGCUGCAAGAACGAGAAGAUCGCCUUCAUCAUGGACGAGUCCAACGUACUGGACUCUGGCUUCCUGGAGCGCAUGAACACCCUGCUGGCCAACGGAGAGGUAAAGACUAGGAACGCCACACUUUACUGCAUCUCAAUAGUCAAAAGUGGAACCGUGUCUCCUUUCCUUCAUCUGUAUUUAUACUGAAGAGACUGGCUUUCACGCUACCCACUCCAAUUCAAGAUAGCCAUCAUCCUCCAUAUUGCUUUCACUUAGAGCAGAUGGAGAAGGAACAAGGAAAAGAAGCCACUUGAAACUAUUGAGAUGUAUCCCCUGUCGCCUCUUCCAUAGUCCCCAAUGUAACUAUACUAGAUACUGCUAUUGAGAAACUGGUUGGGUGCUGCUAUUGAGAUGCUUGUUAGAUAUUGCUAUUGAGAUACUUGUUGGUAGGAAAUGUCACGUCCACCCUCCAGUUCCUAUACAUCUAAUAUACGUUUUGUCUUGUCCCUUCCCAGGUGCCAGGUCUGUUUGAGGGUGACGAGUACGCCGCCCUGAUGACCCAGUGUAAGGAGGGCGCCCAGAAGGAGGGCAUGAUGCUGGACACUCACGAGGAGCUCUACAAGUGGUUCACCAGCCAGGUCAUCCGGAACCUUCACGUGGUCUUCACCAUGAACCCCUCGUCCGAGGGCCUGAAGGACCGCGCUGCCACCUCCCCUGCCCUCUUCAACAGGUGGGGCCUCCUAUACAUAUCUGCAGUAGUCACUGGUGUUGGUCUAUCCGUAUUAACUGAGUACACAGUGGCACUGGUCUUUCCGUAAUAACGGAGUACACAGUGGCACCAGUCACUCAGUUGUAGCUGAUAAACCCAUAGAAAGUCAUUUUUAGGUUGAAUUGAUUCAUUUGGAUCCAUUUAGAUAGAUUUGACACACAUGGGUCAAAAUGCCCUUGGUCCUUUACUCUUUUUCUUCAGAUCUGCUGUGAUCGUAUCCUUCCACUGCAGUACCUGUGUUGGCCACUGCUAACGCUCCUUUCGUCCCUCCCUCAACAGGUGUGUGUUGAAUUGGUUUGGAGACUGGUCUACCGAGGCCCUCUACCAAGUGGGCAAAGAGUUCACCAUCAAACUGGACCUGGAGAAGCCCAACUACAAGGUGCCCGACUACAUGCCCGUGGUGUAUGACAAGCUGCCCACGCCACCUUCUCACCGCGAGGCCAUCGUCAACGGCUGCGUAUUUGUCCACCAGACACUGCACCAGGUAAGAUUCACUCUUUGGUAAUCAGACCUGGGUACAAAAUACUUCAGCUGUGCUUGAUUGAGCUUGCCUAGUGCAAUGGAACCAAUGGAGUAGUCUCAGGUGCAAAGCCUUCCCAUCUGGUGCUCCAGGCAGGCUCAAUCAAACGCUCUAUUUGAAAGAAUAGAAAUACCAUUUAAACCCAGGUCUGUCAGUCAUAUGACUUGUGUGUAAAUUAAAUUCAUUCGCUUGCAAUGGCUUUCUUACUCCUCAGGCUAACAGUCGACUGUCCAAGCGCGGUGGGCGCACCAUGGCCAUCACUCCUCGCCACUACCUGGACUUCAUCAACCACUACGCCGACCUGUUCAACGAGAAGCGCAGCGAGCUAGAGGAGCAACAGAUGCAUCUCAACGUGGGCCUGAGGAAGAUCAAGGAGACUGUGGACCAGGUAACGCAUCAUUUCAUAGCAGACGUUACAAUCUCUCGUAAACGUAAGACGUAAAUUGAUUUAGCUAGCUAGCACACACAAUUUGGUUCUGGGUUCCAAGAUGAUGGUAAAUCUGAAGGAGUGUGGUAUCCAUUCCAGUUGUUUGAUACCACAGUCUUUAUCUCUACCCAUAGGUGGAGGAGCUGCGACGUGAUCUGAGGGUCAAGAGCCAGGAGCUGGAGGUGAAGAAUUCGGCAGCUAACGACAAGCUGAAGAAGAUGGUCAAAGACCAGCAGGAGGCUGAGAAGAAAAAGGUAAGCUAGAGGAACUAGUUGACUGUAUACGUGGUCUGAAACUUCCGACCCGCUCGGACACAAAUAAGCAGCUCGGGGCCUGAUGUGGCCAGGAGUUUCAGAUUUCUGCUGUAUGCUAAAGCUAUUGAAGUGGAUGGUGGUUGUGUCCUGUGGUUGUAUCAAACCUGUGUGUUGCCAUGAUGAUCCAUAGGUGAUGAGCCAGGAGAUCCAGGAGUCUGUGUACAAGCAACAGGAGAAGAUCAAGGACAAACAGUUGAGUGUUAAAGAGGAUCUGGACCAGGUGGAGCCGGCUGUUAUUGAGGCUCAGAAUGGUAUGACUUACCCAUCUCUAAUCACUUUGUUGUUUUUGGUGGUCUAUUUCAUUGUCGUAGCCUUUUGAUGUAUCCUACUCUUUAGAAAUUGUCACAAUCAAUUGAGGUACUGUGAUUUGAAAUACAGUGUUCUGUGUAAACAAACUCAUUUGGGAUAGUUCAUAAUUGCAAUGUAGCUGAAGCUGUUGAAUGACCACAUCACCGAGUUUACAGGAUGCGAUGCUCAACUUAUAGAGGCAACAAUACCCCAUAUUUAUCUUAUUUUCUCCCUCAAGUUUUCAUUCUAGGUUCCUUAUUGUCCUCUCUCUCGUGGUAUCUCGGUACGAGAUGGAUAUCUCUUCUUCUCUUGCUAACGUCUCUGCUCUUCUCACUUUCCCUCCUCCUCCUCCUCCGUUGUUGCCCCUCUUCGUGUGGUCUUGUGCUGGGCUUAGCCGUUAAGUCUAUUAAGAAGCAGCACCUGGUGGAGGUGCGCUCCAUGGCCAACCCGCCGGGGGCGGUCAAGCUGGCCCUGGAGUCCAUCUGCCUGCUCCUGGGAGAGAGCACCACGGACUGGAAGCAGAUCCGCUCCAUCAUUAUGAGGGAGAACUUCAUCCCCACCAUUGUUAACUUUUCUGCUGAUGAGAUCAGGUGAGAUGGGAAGAUGGCAGAAGUGUGGGGAAGGGGGAGGGGCGUCUGGGACUGUUCAUUGGCAGAGAGGAGUUGCGUGAUUGACGUUUGAUUUGGAGCAAACGCAUUCACUGUUGGUCUGAGUGGUCGACAUGUUUUGGCAUUCCCGCAGUAAAUAUCGUUUUAAAAUGUAGAGGUACAUUCCUGUUUAAUGUUUUUUAAAUCUCUAAAUUGCUACUUUUAACUUCAAUGAGUCCAAAUGCAAAAAACACCUCUCUGCUCUCAAAAGAACAAUCCCCUUGCCCCUCUCUUCCAACCCGGCUGCUGUCAACUAAUGACUGGAAAAAGAUCAGACAAGUUAUUGUCAGGGACAAUUUCAUCACCAGCAUAGUCAACUUUGUCUCAGAGGACAUGAGGUACUGUGCAUAUACAUUUACAUUACCGUAAUAUACUGUUUGUCUCCAGAAUUUUUCAGAUAGCACACAUCUGAUCUCAAAAUAAGAAAAUCUUCCUCACGCAGUUGUGAUUUACUGCAUUAUCAUUCAUUGACAAUUGACAAUGCUCAUUGAAUCAAGUUAGCAUGUCCAGGAGUUGGAUAGAUAUGUUUUCUGUCCGUAGUCGGUAGCCAUACAAUUAGUCUGAAAUCAGUCACUACUACCUGUAUCCAUUUAGAUUAAAUUUUUUAAUUGAGUCACCAAAUACAAAAUAUAAUUUUUUCCACUUAAAGGGAAAUUUCACCUUAGCUCUGCCACUGUAUAUAAUCAUGACUAUAUUAACAUUACGUUUUGUCAUAAACAUCAAAAAUCCCAUUCCCACAAGCUAGGACAAGCACAUUUUCAUUUCACUAGUAGAAUCGGGAAGUUAAGACUGCAUAUUCGUUUGCUCAUAGUGUACCACAAGGACCGGCAUUCAUAGCAAAUGCACAACGAGGACAGAGCAGGAAGCCCCGCCCCACACAACUGUAGUCUUUCAGAGGCUGGAAAAAAUAUCUAGCAAUAACUCCACCAAUGGGAACAGCGCUGAAAGACAUCCAAGGGCUCUAUCGAACCAGGACAACCAUAUCUACACACGCACAAACGUAUAGUACGAUCGAUAUAACAUAGAGGCUUCGCUAAAUGCCACAAAGUAGGACUACUUUCAUUUUCAGAUCUCUUCCACCCCAUCAAUACACCGGAUGUUGUAAUUGGGUAUAUUGUUCGGUGCACGAAACCCAGACCCGCCACCUUUGUGGCCAAUUAUGUGUGAAACACACCUCAAUGACCUAGAAGUGCUUCGGACACGUUCAAAACAAACCCAGAAUCAUAUUUUUAUGAAAUGUCCCUUUAAAGCUCUAACAACCGGCCUCCUGAGUGGCGCAGCGGUCUAAGGCACAUUUUACAUUUACAUUUUAGUCAUUUAGCAGACGCUCUUAUCCAGAGCGACUUACAGUUAGUGAAUACAUAUUUUUUUUAUACUGGCCCCCCGUGGGAAUCGAACCCACAACCCUGGCGUUGCAAACGCCAUGCUCUACCAACUGAGCUACAUCCCUGCCGGCCAUUCCCUCCCCUACCCUGGACGACGCUGGGCCAAUUGUGCGCUGCCCAUGAGUCUCCCGGUCGCGGCCGGCGGCGACAGAGCCUGGAUUUGAACCAGGAUCUCUAGUGGCACAGUUAGCACUGCGAUGCAGUGCCUUAGACCACUGCGCCACUCAGGAGUAGGCACUGCAUCGCAGUGCUAGAGGUGUCACUACAGACCCGGGUUCGAUCCCGGGCUGUGUCACAGCCGGCUGCGACCGGGAGACCCAUGAGGCAGCGCACAAUUGGAUCAGCUUCGUCUGGGUUAGGGGAGGGUUUGGCCGGCUGGGAUGUCCUUGUCCCAUCGCGCUCUAGUGACUCCUUGUGGCGGGCCGGGCGCAUGCACGCUGACUUCGGUCUUGUAACUACCAAUUGGAUAUCACGAAAUUGGGGAGAAAAGUAAAAAAUAUUUGUAAAAAAGCUCUAACAACCAAUACCUUUUCCAUUUUUAAAUUAUAGAUGUAUUUAUUUUUGCUUCCUUGCAAGCCACCCCUUUCCUACAUAAUUUCAUCAUGAUCAUUUCCGAAUACCCUGCUCGCCAUUUCAUUAAUUUGAGAUUUCAUACAAUUGCCUGUGUUGCUCUGUCCUAACCCCGUGACGCUAUCGUUAUGCAGUGAGUCAAUCCGUGAGAAGAUGAAGAAGAACUACAUGUCCAACCCCAACUUCAACUACGAGAUGGUCAACAGGGCCUCCCUGGCCUGUGGCCCCAUGGUCAAAUGGGCCAUCGCUCAGGUAAGGAAACCACCGCCCACUGACUUUUUGUAUUGGUAAUGUUUGAGGGUGGAUCUAAAAAGUAUUUCCUCGAUUCCUCACCUCCCUCUCAAAACUCAUUUGAGGAGAAGAUCCUAGAGGAGGAACCUUGGAUCUUCUCCUCCGAUGCAUUUUGAGGAGAUGUGGAGAGAAGAAAGUCUUUUGAGAUUCACCCAAUGUCUAGUGAGUGCCAGGAGUAAAUCUGUCCUUACCACGUUUCUCGAUCCAUCAAAAACCCUGCGACCUACUUAUAACCUACAAUUAUAGCCUGCAAUUAUUGACACCUCUUUUCCCCCUCUUCUAGCUGAACUAUGCUGACAUGUUGAAGCGUGUGGAGCCGCUGAGGAACGAGCUUCAGAAGCUGGAGGACGACGCCAUGGACAAUAAGUCCAAGGCGGAGGAGGUGGAGCAGAUGAUCCGCGACCUGGAGUCCAGCAUCGCCCGCUACAAGGAGGAGUACGCCGUGCUCAUCUCUGAGGCCCAGGCCAUUAAGGCCGAUCUGGCCGCUGUGGAGGCGAAGGUAGGGAAAUCAAUCCGACCAUAAGAACAACGUUCCUAAUUAACUCAACUAAACCAUUUUACUAUCGCCGUAACCUUAGGAAUAGGCAAGAGAUUUAGGAAAAUACUUUCAAGUGCAAAUAAAGAUUUUUCUAUGAAAAAGGCCUUGCAUCUCAGCUAUUAAAAUUCUGAAAGUCAAUGCCCUAGACUUGACAGUAAUAUGUAGCCCUAGGGGAUGAGUCUUUUCAGUUUAUAGCUCCAUUUCAAUGUAAAGCAAUUGAAGACCAGGUGGAAAAGCACUAUCUAUCCAAUCUAUCAUUGUUAAACCCGACCUUGACUGUCUUCUUUGACCACAGGUGAACCGCAGCACAGCCCUGCUCAAGAGCCUGUCUGCUGAGAGUGAGCGCUGGGAGAAGUCCAGCGAGACGUUCAAGAACCAGAUGGCAACCAUCGCCGGGGACUGCCUGCUGUCCGCAGCCUUCAUCGCCUAUGCUGGCUACUUCGAGCAGCAGAUGAGACAGAACCUCUUCACCACCUGGUCGCACCACCUGCAGCAGGCCAACAUCCAGGUACUGGGGGGUUGUUCGAGAAUUGUUUGCUCACACCGCUAUUUCCUAGGCUUUAGCGCAGUCAGCUAACACUUGAGUCGCACGGAUAACCCAGUUUCAAAACCCAGUCAGUUGCACUGACUUCGGCAGUCAUCAUUCAAGGCACUGUACAUUAUGUUUUUGUAUGGCUAACUAGAUCUCUCCUCCUCCAUAGUUCCGUACGGACAUCGCCAGGACUGAGUACUUGUCCAACGCGGACGAAAGGCUGCGCUGGCAGGCCAACUCCCUCCCAGCAGACGACCUAUGCACCGAGAACGCCAUCAUGCUCAAGAGGUUCAACAGGUGAGUGUAAUACAUCCGAACCAAAAUAUAAUGUAUCAUCCCGUACUGUAGGACUUGAGGUGGCGUAUAGAACCAACACAGAGGGGUAGAGUGUGGUUGUUCUCUCAUAAACGUGUAGUGAAGGCUCAGAUCAUCACUGUGGAUCAUGUUGGGAGAUACAAAACGGUUCCAUUUCUCAUCUUUAGUCUUAAAGAGCGACUGCCCCUAAAAAGCAACUUCUCAUUUUGAAAACGGCCUAUGUGGCAUCAAUAUGAGUCAGAAACAUGUAUUCUAGUGUCAAAAUUGAAUACAAAGUGUAGAUAGGAUAAAUGGUAAAAGUCAGUCUUGUGCAAAACGGAGAUUUGCGAGAUGAUAGGAAAGAAAUGGUAUGUCUUGGAAUGAACGGUACCAUAACUGUUUUCCGUGGGUUGGGUUUAUUUUUAUCCUGCCCACAGCUGGCAGCACACAAGUAAUCAUCAACUGCACGCGACCCGUUCGUAAUGCCCAUGGUCAAUUCGGUUUGACAUUCGAUAUCCCUAUGGGCGUAGUUAGGGACCAUAUGUAAAUUACACAAUGUACAUGGGACAAUAUUUUAAAAGUUCAAUAUCUCCAAAUUUCAAUGACUUAAAAACAUCAAACCAACUAUAAAUUGUAGAAAUGCAUAUACAAAUAUCGAAAGUGUUUUAUUUAUUUUUAACUAAAAGAUGUGCAACAUGAAAAUAUUGUACCAUUUACAUUGUAAUUUACAGAGAUAGGCUAUCCAAUGUCAAACCAAUUUAGCCAUGGUCACACAACCAGCCAGCUGAAGCUAAUUGGCUAAAUAAGUUGGCUGGCACUAUAUUAGCACUAGCUAACCUAGGCGACUUCAAGACACAAGACCUGGUUAGACCGUUUCAAGUUAUCUAGAAGGGUGAGGGUACUGUGUACUGUUUUGACAGAGUGAAUCUGCAAAUGCUUGCCACGUGCGAACACACACAAGAGACACCCACAUUAACCCCCCCAAUACUGUCAUUUGGCUUCAGUCAUGGCUGCGGCAUUUCUUAAUGAACAAGCCGAAAAACGAGGCCAAAUCAGGAAGUUCAGCCCCCCUUUAAUUGUGGGAAUGUUUUAUAAUGAAUGCCUAUCCCAGUUCAAAAGUACAGCUUUUAUAAACACUCCUGGAAAGUUGGCCUUUUGGACUAAAUGAGAUCCUAAUAAAUAAAUACACUUUGCCUUUCCCAGGUAUCCCCUAAUCAUCGACCCGUCUGGCCAGGCCACAGAGUUCAUCAUGAACGAGUACAAGGACCGCAAGAUCACCAGAACCAGCUUCCUGGAUGACGCCUUCAGGAAGAACCUGGAGAGCGCCCUGCGAUUUGGAAACCCUCUGCUUGUGCAGGUCAGAACAGUCUCCUCUUGGUCUAUCCAGCAUGUUCCAUACCAUGUAUACCUAUGCAACUAGUAUGUAACGCAUGCUUUUAAUCUGAAUAAAUUGGGAAGUAGUGCUCAACUGCUGUUGCUGUAAAUAUCAUCUCUCAGACUGGUAACACAAAUUGUAUUAUAUUUAACAUAAGCUUUAAUGUAAAUGUUAGGUCCAGUAGCUAGCGUACGCAACAUUUGGUUCUGGGUUCCAAGAUAAUGGUAGAUUGGGUUAUCCAACCUUAGUUCAAUUGGGGAAACCAUUUUGCUGGCAUGUAACUGAUAAUAUUUCACUGUCUCUUUCAGGAUGUGGAGAGCUACGACCCCAUCCUUAACCCGGUGCUCAACAGAGAGGUGCGCAGGACCGGAGGACGCGUGCUUAUCACCCUCGGUGACCAGGACAUUGACUUGUCCCCAUCCUUCGUCAUCUUCCUCUCCACCCGUGACCCCACGGUGGAGUUCCCUCCAGACCUGUGUUCUCGUGUGACCUUUGUCAACUUCACGGUGACUCGCAGCAGUCUGCAAAGCCAGUGUCUCAACGAGGUGCUGAAGGCCGAGAGGCCUGACGUGGACGAGAAGCGCUCCGACCUCCUCAAACUGCAGGGUGAGACGUGCGCACACAUACAGUAUGAAAAUGUAUGCACUCAAUAACUGUAAGUCGCUCUGGAUAAGAGUGUCUGCUAAAUGACAAAAAAAUAAAAAAUAAACACGUCCUCUUAUCUAUCCCGGACCUGAUUUCAUGUGAAUGAAACUCGUAUACGGAUCUGACUUCUGAUGUGCAAUGGACACAAAUAAAGUAUCUUACCCUCUUCUCUUAGUCCUAUUUUAUCCUUAAAAUAUCAAAGCACUAACCUUCACUGUCCUCCCCUUCUCCUCUCCAUACCUCCACCAGGUGAGUUCCAGGUGCGUCUGCGCCAACUGGAGAAGUCCCUGCUGCAGGCCCUGAACGAGGUCAAGGGUCGUAUCCUGGACGACGACACCAUCAUCACCACCCUGGAGAACCUGAAGAAGGAGGCAGCAGAGGUGACCAGGAAGGUGGAGGAGACAGACAUCGUGAUGGCCGAGGUGGAGACUGUGUCGCAGCAGUACCUGUCCCUCGCUUCGGCUUGCAGCUCCAUCUACUUCACCAUGGAGGCCCUCAACCAGGUAUGCAGAGAGAUGCGCGCACACACUCACUAGGGUUGGGCGGUUUCCAGAUUCUCAUACAGUCCUUCUCUCAUCCUGGGAUGUACCGUAUUACCGGUUUAGUACACAAGGGGGCGCCGAAAAAAACACACAAAAAAAGACCAUUGGGCGUCUGUUACCAGAAUGCUAACAAAAUUAGCACAAGUAAUAGCGAAUUUCCAUGGAGGCUCCUAACUCAAUAUGUUAACGAGCGCAAACGAAAAUAAACUAAUUGCAAAGACGGGCAAUCCUACUCAUAAAGUUGUACAUGUAUAAGUAGGAGCUACCGAAUGUCAUUUCUGGUGAGUUUGGACAUUUGCAAGCGAAUGUGAACGAGAGAUAUUGUGCAAAUGAACAAGUUUUGAUGCAUGUUUGUCUGAAGGAAGAACAGUACUGGCUCUGAAGCAGCAUGUGUACACGUUCACAUUGUGUCUGUGUGGAGUCUGGAGUCGCUAGGGCAGCGAUUCCCAAACGAGGGGUCCUGACCCCAUGUGGGGUCAACUGAUAUGAAAAUGGGUCGCGGGAGAAUUUCCAAAACCCUGAAGGGGGAAAAAAAUAAAUAUACAAAAAAUAAUUUUGUCAGAUAACACUGUUAAACAAAUAAUGUAUGCUAUUGCUAGCAAUCAAGUGGAAACUCUGACUGAACAACUCAAACUCCCUAGAUUAUGCUCUCCAAAUGGACGUUAGCUGUGAGGGCUGAGAUGUCCAUGAAUUGACUUUUGUUCGCUAUACAUGUCAGGGGAUGCUUUUCACGAGGACAUAUUGUUCUGUCUCACGAUUCCCAACAAUUAAAUGGCACGGGGGAUGUUCAGUAUGUUGUAUGGCUAUAUUGACGAAAAACUGAUUCCAUGGGAUCUAAUGGUGGACUUUUGCACAGAUGGGGCUCCCAUCUAUGGCGGGACAGUGGGCAGGCCUCUGCACUCUAGUUAUGAAUGUGUCUGACAUAUGGACGCAUUGUAUGAUACACCAAGAGCAACUGGUGGCAAAAGAGCUGAGCACAGAACUCUGAGAUAUACUUCAGCAGGUAACUUCGAUUGUAAACCACAUCAAACCACAUCCACUGCGCGCACACAUGUUUGCAAAACUAUGUGGAGAUAUGGGAUCAGAGCAUGACAAUGUUCUAUUUCACAUUGAUGCUUGGUGGUUAUCGAGGGGGAGUGUUGUAAAGAUUUUUUGCAUUGAGAGAGGAACUGUUGUCAUUCACAAUGGAUGUAAAAAAAACAGACUUGGUAGACUUUCUGUGUAAUGAAAAGAAAAUGUCUCCUUGCCUAUGUAACAGACAUAUUUGGGAAACUGAAUGCAAGCACUAUACCGAACCAUUACAGCUUGUAUGACUUCUUGUCCAUCUCCAGAUCCACUUCCUGUACCAGUACUCACUGCACUUCUUCCUGGACAUCUACCACACAGUGCUAUAUGAGAAUGGCAACCUGAAGAGCGUCAGCGACCACACCCAGCGCCUCACCCACAUCACCAAGGACCUCUUCCAGGUAACCGCACAUCUCAAACCCCUUAUAGAACUUAGAACUUAGGACGUCUAGAACACCUUCUCGAACCUAGAACCUCACCUCACUAACACCUCACACCUAGAACACCUUCUAGACAAGAACUUAGAACAUCUAGAACAUAUUUUAGAAUCUAGAACAUCACAUCUAGAACUGGGGUUGUUCUUCAUAGAUCUCAAAUCAAUGGGUGUUUGUUAAGAGGUUUCUAGUGCAGAGCAACAAUCCGAUUCUCCUUGUAGGGGGCAUUCAAUAGAGUGGCCAGAGGCAUGUGCAACCAGGACCACAUCACCUUCGCCAUGCUCUUAGCCAGGAUCAACCUGAAAGGCAUGACCAGGUAAUGAACUUUGAAGUUUCUACACUUUCUUUGUUUUGUGAAGGAUAAGGUCCAUAGAUCAGUUCCAAUAUCUACACUACAGCAAUCUAUUGAGGAUGCAUUCUAAGUGGUAUGCUACUGUGGACAGUGUGAUGUAGCCCAUGAAUCUUAUUGAUUACCAUUUUUUGUUUCCUUCAGCGAGCCAUCCUACGACGCCGAGUUCCAGCACUUCCUGCGCGGCGCGGAGAUUGUGCUGAAGGGCACAGCGGUACCUAAGGUGAAGGGCCUGACCACGGAGCAGUGCGAGGCCAUGAUCAUCCUCAGCCACCUCCCCGCCUUCAAGGAUCUGGUCUCCAAGGUGGAGGCUGAUGAGGUGAGAGAUUGUUGAAAGAAAAGGUUGCCAGGAGGGAAAGAAGCUGAAGAAAAUGACUUUUGCAAUGUGAAGUUCUUUAUUUAACUGUUCAUGCUAAACAGAAGUGCAUUAAAAUAUAUAUUUUUUAAGAAAGAAAGGAAAAUAAAGUUGUCAUUGAGGUUGACAUUGCUUUUUUCUAUCAUUGCAGCAAUUCUUCAUGUGGAUCGAGAGCAACUCUCCCGAGCUGUCCGUGCCCUACCUGUGGACAGAGGAGAAGCAGUCAAGUGAGUCUUUCAAUCAGUGUUGUAAUGUGUUCUACUUUGAAAAACCAUUUGAAACCACAAAGCUAAGUUUAGUAGGCUGUUUUGCAAUGUCAAGAUUCCAUUUAUGCACUUGAUAGAAGCUGCAUACAAAUAUAACAUUCAGAAAAUGGGUAGUUGGAGUGCAUGUUCUUCAAAGUGGUGAGAGGAAAGUGUGCUUCAGUAAAACAGGCAUUCUGUGCAGUCCAACUGCAAUGUAGUCAAUCUCACAAAUGUCCUUGGUCGGUCCUCCUCAGCAUCCAUCGGUCAGGCAGUGCACCAGCUGCUGCUGAUCCAAGCCUUCCGUCCGGACCGCAUGCUGGCCAUCGCCCACAUCUUUGUUUCCAAGGUCCUGGGAGACAACUUCAUGGCCAUUAUCGAGCAGCCCCUGGACCUGGGAAACAUUGUGGAAAGCGAGGUACGGAUGUCAAGACAUCCCUAAAGCGUCAAUCUCCAUUUAGGGCCAGUUUCCGAGAUGGAUUGAGCCUAGUCUUGGACUAAAAAGCAUGUCCAAUGGAGGUUCUCCGUUGAAAGUGCUUCUUAGUUCCAAGACUAGGCUUAAAUGUGCUGAAAAAGCAAUUGCCAUUAUGAGACUACAAUUGCUUUUCUUAAUUUAUUAGCAGUUGAUAUGUUUCGAAUGUUAAAUGGACACUCAAGCACAAAGUGGGAAAAAUUUGUACAAGGAACCAAUACAGUUCCUUGUACAUCACUUAUUUAGACUGUAAAUCUCCUGCUGAAACAUCUGCCUGUUUUCCUACCCACCUAGGUGAAACCCAGUACCCCAGUUCUGAUGUGCUCCGUGCCCGGGUACGACGCCAGCGGCCUGGUCCGGGACCUGGCUGCCGAGCAAAACAAACACAUCACCUCCAUCUCCAUCGGUAGGUGUGCUAAAGUAGGGUUGGAGUCGAUUGAGUUUUAAUUUACAUCCCAUUUAGGAAUUACUGACAUAUCUACUGGCAUUUUAAAAACCUGGUUCCUCCGCUUCUCUCUCCUCAGGUUCUGCUGAGGGCUUCAACAAGGCCGACCGCGACAUCAACACCGCCGUCAAGUCCGGCAGGUGGGUGAUGCUGGAGAACGUGCACCUGGCUCCUGGUUGGCUGAUGCAGCUGGAGAAGAAGCUCCACUCCAUGCAGCCCCACGCCAGCUUCCGCCUCUUCCUCACCAUGGAAAUCAACCCUAAGGUCAGAUUGAAGUUCAUUAGAAUAACAUUGCAUUAUUAUUUAUUUAUAAAGUGUGAGACCUUGUAUAAUACACUUUUAAAUACAUCUUUAUUAUAGCCAUUAAACCAGUAUGAAACUAGAUGUCUUUUCCCAUACAUUAUUAGGACCGCUCCAAAGACUAAACACAAAAAAGCAGACUAUGGAAAGGCUACAAAUUAGUGAUUUUAUUUUGAACAUUCAUUGUAGAUUAAAGAUAUUGAAAAUUUCAAUUACAAAUGUCUACAUGAGGUAUAAUUUAGCAUUCUGGUUUGUUUAUCUCAAGCUAUUCCUCACUGUGGCACAGUUGUGGAUGACUUACCUAAUGAGACUAUCUAAAUGGGUUUUCUCUCGCUUAUUCCUCUCAGGUGCCAGUGAACCUGCUACGUGCUGGACGUAUCUUUGUAUUUGAGCCCCCUCCCGGUGUCAAGGCCAACAUGCUGAGGACCUUCAGCAGCAUCCCUGUGGCUCGCAUGUGCAAGGUGACACAACCAUAUGAAUCUCUGGCUUUCCUCUGCCUCGCUCUCGUUCUCUCUCUCUGGCUUUCUCUCUGUUCUCUCCUGUCACUCUAACUCUGUGUUGGCCUCUCACUUACACAAACUCCUUCCUCUGUCAACUUGACUGAAUGUUUUCCUUUGACCUUGAUUAUUAAACCAACCUCUUCCUCUGCAGGCUCCCAACGAGCGCGCCCGCCUCUACUUCCUACUGGCUUGGUUCCAUGCAGUCAUCCAGGAGCGCCUGCGCUACGCCCCGCUGGGCUGGUCCAAGAAGUACGAGUUCGGAGAGUCGGACCUGCGCUCAGCCUGCGACACCGUGGACACCUGGCUGGACGACACCGCUAAGGUCAGUCACACGUAAAAUACACCCACACUGUUGUCUCUUACAUAAGGUUCUUUCUGUAUGCAGCAAGUCUCUUGUAUUAGAUGAUUAAUCCAUCCCAAACCUGAUUCUAUGUGAAUGAAACUCUUAUACAGAUCUGACUUCUGAUAAUGCAAUUCACACACAAUAUAUACAUUCUUGCAAAUGGGAAUGAAGAUGUUGGUCACAAAAUGAACACAGAAAAUGUGAAUAUACAGUGCGGUCCAAAAUGAAAUGAUACAAUGACAAUGAUGUUAAAGUGCAGACUGUCAGCUUUAAUUUGAGGGUAUUUUCAUCCAUAUCGUAUUAACCAUUUAGAAAUUACAGCACUUUUUGUACAUCGUCCCCCUAUUUUAGGGAACCAAAAGUAUUUGGGCAAAUUAACUUGUGUAUUCAGGGUUCUACCCAGGAUUUUAUAACAGGGACUCAGAGAUUUUUACGUUUUUGAACACCUGUAACUGCCAUUUCCUGCAAUCUAGGGCAAAAAAUACUAUAUUAGGCUGUGGUGCCUGGCCUUAAAUGAUAACAAAUAAAGUAAAACAAUUAAAUUAAUUGUGACUCUACAAACUUGUUGGAUGCAUUUGCAGUUUUUUGGUUGUGUUUCAGAUUAUUUUGUGCCCAAUAGAAAUGCAUGAUAAAUUAUGUAUUGUCAUUUGAGUUCAUUUUAUUGUAAAUAAGAAUAGAAUGUUUCUAAACAUUAAUGUGGAUGCUACCAUGAUUACAGAUAAUCCUAAAUUAAUCGUGAAUAAUGAUGAGUGAGAAAGCUAGAGGCAUAAAUAUCAACCCCCCCUCAGAAAUGCUAACCUCCCCUGUUAUUGUAAUGGUGAGAGGUUAGCAUGUCUUGGAUGUAUGAUCUUUGUGCCUCUUAACUUUCUCACUCAUCAUUAUUCACAACAAACCAAAAAACUAUUUGGCCCUCCUGUAGAUCAGUUGGUAGAGCAUGGCGCUUGCAACGCAAGGGUUGUGGGUUUGUUUCCCACGGGGGCCCAGUAUGAAAAAUGUAUGCAUUCACUAAUUGUAAGUCACUCUGGAUAAGAGCGUCUGCUAUAUGACUAAAAUGUCAAUUGGAUCACUGUCCAAAUACUUUUGGACCUCACUGUAUGCAGGGCUCUAAAUAAAAUAUUUUCAUUGGUAGCACUGGUGCUCCCAACUUAAAGUUAGGAGCACAACUUGAAAUGUAGGAAAUAAGAUUUUUUUUAAACAAUUGAUUGAGAUACAGCCUAUAUGAAUUCUAGCUACAUUUGAAGCACAUGUUGUGCCCUAUAAACUACACUGAACAAAAAUAUAAAUGCAACAUGCAACAAUUUCAAAGAUUUUACUAAGUUACAGUUCAUAUAAGGAAAUCAGUCAAUUGAAAUAAAUUCAUUAGGCCCUAAUCUAUUGAUUUCACAUGACUGGCAAUACAGAUAUGCAUCUGUUGGGAACAGAUACCUUAAAAAGACAGAAAACCAGUCAGUAUCUGGUGUGAUCACCAUUUGCCUCAUGUAGCGCGACACAUCUUUCACAUAGAGUUGAUCAGGCUGUUGAUUGUGGCCUGUGGAAUGUUGUCCCACUCCUCUUCAAUGGCUGUAUGAAGUUGCUGGAUAUUGGCUGGGAACUGGAACACGCUGUUGUACACGUAGAUCCAGAGCAUCCCAAACAUGCAGGCCAUGGAAGAACUGGGACAUUUUCAGUUUCCAGCAUUUGUGUACAGAUCCUUGCGACAUGGGGCCAUGCAUUAUUAUGCUGAAACAUGAGAUGAUGGCAGUGGAUGAAUGGCACGACAAUGGGCCUCAGGAUCCCGUCACGGUAUCUCUGUGCAUUCAUUUAAAGUGCAAUUGUGUUAGUUGUCCGUAGCUUAUGAUUGCCCAUACCAUAACCCCACCGCCACCAUGGGGCACUCUGUUCACAAUGUUGCAUCAGCAAACCACUCGCCCACACGACGCCAUACAUGCAGUCUGCCAUCUGCCCGGUAGAGUUGAAACAGGGAUUCAUCCAUGAAGAGCACACAUCUCCAGUGUGCCAGUGGCCAUCAAAGGUGAGCAUUUGCCACUGAUGUUGGUUACAACGCCAAACUGCAGUCAGGUUAAGACCCUGGUGAGGACAACGAGCACAAAGAUGAGCUUCCUUGGGACGGUUUCUGACAGUUUGUGCAGAAAUGUUUAGGUUGUGCAAAUCCACAGUUUCAUUAGCUGUCUGGGUGGCUGGUCUCAGACGAUCCCGCAGGUGAAGAAGCCGGAUGUGGAGGUCCUGAGCUGGCGUGGUUACACAUGGUCUGCGGUUGUGAGGCCAGUGGGAUGUACUCCCAAAUUCUCUAAAAUGACGUUGGAGGCGGCUCAUGGUAGAGAAAUUAACAUUCAAUUCUCUGGCAACAGCUCUGGUGGACAUUCCUGCAGUCAGCAUGCAAAUUGCACGCUCCCUCAACUUGAGACAUCUGUGUCAUUGUGUUGUGUGACACAACUGCACAUUUUAGUGGCCUUUUAUUGUCCCCAGCACAAGGUGCACCUGUGUAAUGAUCAUGCCGUUUAAUCAGCUUCUUGAUAUGCCACACCUGGUGGAUGGAUUAUCUUGGCAAAGGAGAAAUGCUCACUAACAGGGAUGUAAACAAAUUUGUGCACAAUUUGAGAGAAAUAAGCUUUUUGUGCGUAUGGGAAGACAUGCAAGAAAUCUGUCAUUCAUUCAUUGCUAUGAUCAUUAAUCUCCUGAAGAAGCUAGCCCUUUUCCUUUUUUCUGUGCCGCCAAAUGUUUGGAUAUACUGGUAAGGUUACCAGGUUGUUAGCUAGCUAGCCAAUGAGGUAACAUGACUGAACAAAGUGUAGACAACUGGGUAACGACGUGUGAGUCGUUUUUAGAAUGGCCCACAACAUGGUUUAUGUUAUGAAUGUUAAAUGCGUUCCCGGCGAUCCGCUAUAGGAAGAUACAAAUAUUGUGCCGGUAAUAUGGGUCAGAUCCUAUGACCUGGUUGGGCUAGAAGCAAGCCGUUUUCGCUGUAGUAAUGGUGCAACCAUUAUGCUUUUUUUUUUUAUCUUGGGCACUCUGAAACAAUGGUACAGCGAAGCCUUAUCAUUACAAUAAUUAUUAUCUGGGAGAUUUUAUUCCUAGUCGCACGGUGCUCCCAAAAUAAACAUGUGCAUAUGCGACCAAAUUGGUCACACUUUAAAGCCCUGACUGUAUGUAUUUCUAUGGUGGUAACCUUCUAUUCUUGUCUUCCUCCAUAACCCUAGGGCCGUCAGAACAUCUCCCCAGACAAGAUCCCCUGGGCGGCCCUGAAGACCCUGAUGGCCCAGUCCAUCUACGGUGGCCGCAUCGACAACGAGUUUGACCAGCGGCUGCUCAACACCUUCCUGGACCGCAUCUUCACCACGGCCAGCUUCGACUCAGAGUUCAAACUGGCCUUCAAGGUGGACGGCCACAAGGACAUCAAGAUGCCCGAUGGCAUCCGGUCAGUGGCGGGGUUGGGGGUAGUGGUGUUAGUUUGGUUUUAUUUCAUUACAUUGGCAACUAAAAUAUGCAUUUUUUUAUACAGUACAUGCAAAGAAAACAUGAAACAUGGUUUCCAAUAGAUUGUGACCAAUCCUUCUCAGCAAAACUUUUGUAAAUGUCAUAAAGAAAUUCAUAGGAAACCUUUUACAUUCUUUACAAGUGCAACUUCUGAAAUACACACAUUUAGGAACUGUUGAUUUCAGAAGGGGAUUUUCUAACUUUCUCCAUACUGUCUCAGUAACACUGUGUUGUUCUGUGUCUUUUCUUCCAGACGUGAGGAGUUCAUGCACUGGGUGGAGAUGCUGCCGGACACCCAGACCCCGUCCUGGCUGGGCCUGCCCAGCAACGCUGAGAAGGUCCUGCUCACCACUCAGGGUAUGCUAUUGGCUGCUGCUGGUUGUCGCCGGCUGCAGCUGCACUCAAGGGGCGUGUCCGGUUUUGUCUGUGGGAUCCUUUGUCUGCUGCGAGGAGAGCUACAGGAGACAUCAUCUCCGGUUUCUCAAUUUCUCUAAUAUCUCUCUCCAUAUCUGUUCUAACGCAUCUUAUUUUAAUUUUAAAUCUUAUAGAGGAAUGACUACCAUAGAUGAAGAGCAUAUUCUCACAUUGCGUCCGUUAACUUGGAUGCAAUGGCAUUGGUGGCUCAUUAUUAGCCUUUCCUUAUCUUUUCCUCCUAUCAGUUCCAGUGUUAUAACACAAGCCUCGUGUGGUGGUAGCCGUGCCAAUGUGAAUGAGGGUGUUCUGUCGAGUGGGGGGUGUUCUCACCUUCCAGCAGCUGCAUUUCACAUUUAUCGUGUCUUGCUUAGCUUCCGGUUCGAACUCCCAGCCGUUGAUGCAUCCAUCCCUCCGUUCCCAUUUGAAUACAUUGAUUUCUCUCACAAAGCCCUGGAAAUCUUCUUCAUGCACGACUUCAUGCCUCCAUCCAUCCCUCCAUCACUUUGGGUUACUAUGAUUUUGUCACAGAGCCCACAGGAACCCUCUUCACUUCUAUAGGUCCUCGUUUACAAAAUACGGCACAGUCUCCUGAUUACUCUUGACUUGGUAUCCGUGUCCUUGUUUUUGUCAAAUGUCUUCUUGACUUAUUGUAUUGUAAUCACUCAUUUUGAAGCACAACUACCCCUUUAUUAACAUGUGUAUGAGAAUGCAAGGCUUUUUAUUUUCUACAAUGCAAGGCAUUGGUCUUGGUCCACGUUUAAUUUCUUCUCCCCUCACUCCUCCUCCUCUUCCUUCCACGGGCUUGUCUCCUCCCCAACUCCCUCCCUCCCUCCUCUCCGGUUCCCCUUGUUGGGCUGCUCAGGCACUGACAUGAUGGGUAAGAUGCUGAAAAUGCAGAUGCUGGAGGAUGAGGAUGACCUGGCCUACGAGAAGGAGACGAAGCGCGAGCGCACGGCGUCCACCUCAACCGAGGCCCAGCCCGCCUGGAUGCGCACGCUGCGCACCACCGCCACCAACUGGCUGACGCUCAUCCCGCAGAUGGUCAACCACCUCAAGCGAACGGUGGAGAACAUCAAGGUAACGUCCCAGCAACGUCUCAUCUGAUUUGCGCAGCAUCUCUGGAAUCUGAUGGGUUGAGGUUGGAAGAGUGUUCUUAUGGUGUUUUACCACUUCUUCUAUUUAUAAUAUUACUUAUUAUAUUAUUUCGUACGUACGUACGUACAUAACGUAAAACUUCAGGUAAGCGCAGUCUCAAAUAGCCGCCUGUCCUUAAUGGCCGGGCAACGGCACACAUUUCAGCAAAUAAACGCCUGUGUCAAAUAAACGCUGGGUCUAAAUUAAUUUACGAGGUUUAAUGUUUGAUUUUUUUACAUAAAAUAAUUCAGUAAUGACUCAAAUUAUGGAAAUCAUUCGUUUUGAAACUGCUAGCCAAGUUUUAAUUUUUCCGAAAUAGAGGCAUACUAAGAAAGAAACGUGACACGGUGUGUAAAUAACACAUUAGUGCAGGAAAUGAAGAAAUUGAUUAAAAUGCUGGAAGUGAAUGCUGGAUAUUAAACAAUUAACUAUGCAAAUGAGCAAAAGCUGUCUGCGUUAAAUAGAUACUUGGCUCAAAUAGAAGCCUAUCUCUAAUAACCACCUGUUGUGUUCAGUGAUUUAAGCUAUUCAUUUUAGUUUUACGGUACGCGCGCGCACGGAUGCAAAAACUGCCGUCUCUUAAGGAUCUUUGCAUUAAAUGAUAAAUCUAUCCCGAACCGGAUUUCAUGUGAAUGAAACUCGUAUAUGGAUCUGACUCCUGAUAAUGCAAUUCACACACACUCUGGCUGUAGGUGUCUUUUUCAAGGACUGUACAGGUGAAAAGAAUGCCAUUACCUUGUUUAACAUACAUAUAUUUCCUCCCCCAACCCACCCACCCACCCACACACACAGGACCCCCUGUUCCGUUUCUUUGAGCGCGAGGUGAAGAUGGGCGCCCGCAUGCUUCAGGAGGUGCGUCAGGACCUGACUGAUGUGGUGCAGGUGUGCGAGGGCAAGAAGAAACAAACCAACGACCUGCGCACCCUCAUCAACGACCUCGUCAAAGGUUCUCUCAUUCUCUACCCAAUCCUCAAUCAUUUUAAUUCAUUCACUACUACAUCUACCACAUUGGUCUCAAUUUACUGCACUAGCCAAACAAUUUAAACUCCUAAACUUCUUCCACUACCAUAAAAUGCUUUUAUACAAGUGAAGCAAGCGCACACAUUCUUUUCCGGAAAAUUUACAUUUUCUAGUUAUUACACCCAAUCUGGUUGUACAGUCACAAUAUGUGAAAUUGAAUAUGGUAACAUAUUGACUAUUUCAAGUCAAUAUGGUUGUAUAGAGUCUGUCUAGAAGGAUUCCCAAUGCUAACAUGUAGCAUGUCUCCUCCAGGUAUCCUGCCCCGUAGCUGGUGCCGCUACACCGUGCCCACCUCUAUGACUGUCAUCCAGUGGGUGGCCGACUUUAGCGACCGCAUCAAGCAGCUGCAGGCCAUCUCCCAGGGAGCCGCCAGCGGGGGCGCUAAGGAGCUCAAGGUAUCUGUCCUCUAUAUUAAAGGGAUAGUCUCCUGUUUGCCUAAUUCGUCAGGUUAGUAUAUUGCUAAUGUUCACAUCCCGUUGGAUAUUAUUCAUUCAACUCUGAAUGACUUGAACUACUCCAAAGAAGUCCAUGAACAGUUUGUCACAGUUAAGAACAAAGCCACUCUGGAAGCUAUCCCUUGUAAUACCACAUGGUGGAUUUGCCAUGGAUUGAAACCAUAGUUGAGACAUUGGACUAGGUAUUGGACUCUAACCAGUGUUAACCAUAACUCCACCCACUCUGAAUUCAUGUCUCCUCUUCUCUUCUGUCCAGAACAUCCACGUGUGCCUGGGCAGCCUGUUUGUCCCUGAGGCCUACAUCACGGCCACCCGUCAAUACGUGGCCCAGGCCAACAGCUGGUCCCUGGAGGAGCUGUGUCUGGAGGUCAACGUCACCACCGCCCAGGAGGCCGCGCUCGACGCCUGCAGCUUCGGCAUCAAAGGUUCCACUCAUCAGUCUCUCUAUAGACAGUAUACAGUAUACAGUACCAGUCAGGGCACUAGGUAUUCUCACCAGAGAGGAAGAAUUACCACAACACCAGCGGAACACUAAAGCUACUUUUUGAUAUAGUUGUGCUUUGGCUCAGAUUUUUCUAGGGCUGGUUUCUUGGAUCCAUAUUAAGGCUAGUCCUGGAUCAAAACAACAUUUCAUAAUGGAAACUCUCCAUUGAAAGAGUUUUAUUUGGUUGGCUGUGAUGACACACUUAGCCUCACUUAGGAGUGCUUUGAUAAUGAGAACACCUUCAUACUCAAAUAACUUCUGAGCCAAUGUCUACUGACUGGAAGAAAAAAUAAAAUAAAGUGUUUAAACCGGCGCCUAUUGUUUAUCCAAUGUGCGUGAUCAACCUAAGUGACCUUAACAUUACCCCUCUUUAUUCCCGCCAGGUCUGAAGCUGCAGGGAGCCACCCACGGCAACAACAAGCUCUCCCUCUCCAACGACAUCUCCACUGAGCUGCCACUGACUCAGCUGCACUGGGUGAAGCAGUUGAGUGCCGAGAAGAGGCACAUGGUACGGCUCAUAGCAACAGAUACUGCACUCUAUAUGGGAAUGCACAAAAUGCUUUCUUUUAGAUUCAAUUCAAUACUAAAACUUUAUUUAUCCCCUCAGGGGUAUUGCCAGAUUACAAAUAUCAACAUUUUCCACUUAUAAUACAGACCACACAUUCCCUUAGAAUGUAUCCAAUAAAUAGAUGGCUCAUAGGAAGUCAGUUAAAUACCUACAAUUAAGUUGGGAGCUAUUCAUCAAAUCAAAUUUUAUUUGUCACAUACACGUGUUUAGCAGAUGUUAUUGCGGGUGUAGCAAAAUUAUUGUGCUUUUAGCUCCGACAGUGCAGUAAUAUCUAACAAGUAACUUAUAACAAUUUCACAACAUACACACAAAUCUAGCAAAUCCUAGUCUGUUGUCCAAAUACCAUGAAAAUCGUACUGUCUUAAUGACAUAACACACUUGUAUAUCUGUCAUUCCCACAGGUCACUCUGCCCGUGUAUCUGAACUUCACCAGAGCCGAUCUCAUCUUCACCGUAGACUUUGACAUCGCCACCAAGGAAGACCCUCACAACUUCUACGAGCGCGGCGUGGCAGUGCUCUGCACAGAGUAGUGUCACCAAAAGCCUGGAGAACUCCUAUUAAUCAUUUAUUCGUAGUGUAGUCCUCUUAUGAAACAUAGUUUGUAAGGUAAUGUCCAUAUGAAACAUAGUUUAUUCAAGUAACUGUAGUUGAAGUAAAAUCUGCAUUUAACAUCAAUAGUAAUUAGGAAGUGGUCAAGAAAGUCUGAGUAAUGUAGUCAGUUGUCUUGUGUAUGGGAAAAUGGUGGCCUAUGGAAAAUGGGUCAGCUGGUUUGUGUAUGGAAAAGGGAAGUUGGGAGAAAGUAAGGAAUGUUUUUUUUUAUGAAGGAUUCUGUAUGUUUUUAUAAUGGAUUAAAGAUUUUGGUUAAUGACGACGUAUCAAUGAUUUAAAAUGUGGUUGCUAGUUAUUAAAUUGCUA